AUGACACUUGACAAAGCAACAAUUGAAGCUGAGGCACUUCAGCUUCUGGACCAGGUAGAUUUUGUGAUCGUUUAAUGCUAUAUGAGAGUCAUAAAUUUUUUACGGUUGAUCGUUAUGAACGGGAAUUAUAUGUUAACGCAGCACAUCCGAUACCAACAUAUAAAGUGGAGUCUUUAAUUGAUUCACCAUAACUAUUCAUAUAUUAGUUCAGACGUAAGAGCCUUAGAGUGCUCCUGCGACAGCAGCAGCGCGACGGCUAUUUUUCCUAGGUGCGACCACAGCGUCCAAAUUUUUCUCCAUAGCCCAUUCGAUUAGUUCGACUAUGUCUCAUCUAGCCUGUGGAGGCUGGACGUGAUCGGGUGGAAACAGAAAGUCUUAUAAGACUGAGAGCAAAUCAAUACAGUUUAUAUCAAGCUUUAGGCAAAAACUUUCUCCAAUUAAGGUCUUGGUUAUUAUAUGUUGACCAAGACAUGCAGCCUCUUUCUUCUAACCGGAAUUAUUAAUGAUUUCUGUAGUAAUAAUGAUUUCCGCAGUUUGAGAUGAUAAUAACAGUUUAAACUGACAUUUACGAAAACCAACAGUUACAAUGGGUGUUGUGAGGAUCCUUCUGAAUUUUAUGUCAAAAAUGUUUAAAUGCCAAAAUAAUUCAACUUUGAGCUUUUCUUUGAAUAGACUUCAGUGGAAUGCGGACACAACAUACGCGUCUAUGACAGAUUACAUGAAAUUUCUCAGGCAUCGAGCUUUGAUAAAUCUCUGGACAGGUUUGCUCUUGUAUAAAUUUUAAAAUAGAUUUUUAAUUUAAACAAAUAGGUAAAACAAUUUUUCGACACAUAUUUUAUGAAGGAACUUUUAAAAUCAUCUGAAAUGACGCGGCUUCUUUUCUGUACUUGUUUAAGAAACGUAAAUCGAAACUGAAGCCUACAAUAAUCUCAAAUUAUCUUCUUGGUCUAAAAAGUGAAUAAAGAGACAUUUUUCUGAAACUAUUUUUCUUAGUUUAUCUAGAGUUUAUGUUCAUAUAGCGACUCCGAAAUAAUAGUUUUCACAUCGUACAGCUUUUCAUGAGCAGUUAUGUUUAUAAAAAAUUCUAGGAGGUCGAAAGUUUAUUUAAAAAAACCAAAGAAUGCAUUUUGCUCAUGAGUACAACAAUUGCACUCGUAUAAUUUUAUUCCAAAACCAAUAAGCAGGUGAAAACCGCCAAAGUUUGUAGUGGGUUUCUAAACGUGUUAUUUUUGAGCUCCAUCUCAAACAUCGGCCUGAUAUGUUUUGAUUUUGUAGCAAUAAUCAUGUGUCUCGGUUAAGUUUUGUGCAAUUUUCCACAAGGCCUUGUUAUACUAUCGACCUUGUCAACAUAAAUCGUAUUAUAUGUCAGUCUUUUCUAGAAGGCAAACAUAACCCACUCAGAGGAAGACUCUUUGUCCUCAAAUUUUCCCUACUUAUCUGCUUUUUACGGGCUAACAUUCUUCGUUUUCGAAAAAAAGAGAAAUUUAAACAUCGAAAAGCAGCUUCUUUUAGACGUCUUUAAACCUAAUCGAUGUAAUUUCAGGCACAUAGUAACUAAAAGGCAGAACUGAGCUACGCUUCAUACAUGGCUGAACAAACAGCUCCCAAUUUGACAGUAUAUUGCUUUUCAGAUGCAUGCAUAAACAAGUGAAAGACCACCGCUUGAUUGCUGCUUACUAAAGCUGUAAUCUCCUUUACUUAUUACCAUGCCUUCAAAGAAAUAUUUCAUGAGUACCAAGUCGGCUUAGCCUUGAAGAACGAGAUACACUCGCUGGGACAAGAGCUUUAUUAGCCUUACGUUUCGGAUUCUUGCUCGAACUUAUCAUUAGAGACAAAAGCAGUUAGGGUGAUUCAUGCAUAAGGGGUUGCAGUAUUUAUAGGAUGCAGUCGCCGUGCUACCGCAUAGCUAUGAAUAUUCACGGAUCCUCUCUUAAUCAGGGAUUUGUGCAUCUGGUGUGAUGACUGUUUAAAGGCCGAAAGUCGCGUCGUUUCUUGCUGCAAUUUCAUCACGUGCGUUGGAUGCUGGUGUGAUGAUUGCUCGACCAUCUGAUACACCGACCCUGGUGUGGAGUAAAGUGUUCGUGUGCGCGCUCCCCAUGUGGUCAGUUUUUCCGCCUAGGCAAAGUCUCAGCAUCAAGUAUGGAAGCGGAAGGUCAUUGCACUUGUUAAUUGACUGGGGACCAGUAAACAAUGACUCAAACAGCUUCCCGCUCACGAGAUUGUCAUCUCCUGCGAGAAUUUCGGUCUCGUUGAAUUUGAUUGUGUGGCCGGAUCUCGUCAAAUGAGCCGCAACUUGUGACCUGGCGUCAUUUCUCCGCACCGUUUCAGCAUGUUCAGUCGCUCGCGUUCGGAGCCGUCUUUCGGUUUCUCCGACGUAGUUAGUUUGUCCGCAACUACACCAGAUCCGAUAAGCGACUCCAGACGUUUCUUGUCGUGGCAGCGGGUCUUUUGGUUUCACUAACUGACGCCUGAUGGUUACCUCCGGUCUGUGUGCAACUGCAACCCCAAGUGGUGCAAGACGGCGGCAGACAGCUUCCGAAACGUUCUUGACAUAUGGAGCGUUCGCCGGAAUUUCGUGUCCGUGCGAUUAGGUCUGUUUUCGUAUUUCGUUCGCUCAUCUCACACUUACAGCACCGACACGUUGCGUUUCUUGCAGACAGCAAUGCUUGCUUUAAAUCGUAUGAAUCACUCGCUCUUUCAUUACCCAUUCAAAGAGUGGGCCUCUCACAGGUUGGCUUCCAGACCCCACUGCGUUCUGUGGCUAGCGCCAGCUCACUUGGUCCGACUGAACAGCCAUCGACGUCGCAAGCAAACCCUCAGCCAAGCACUUUGCCAGACGACCAAACAGGCACCCAAAUGAUCCGAACGUCAACGCCUGAGCUUGCGACGGCUGGUGCCACCGAAGGGAUGGCUAAAAGUGUUUCAAAAUCUCGCAGCUUCGUUGUGUAAGUUCGAAAUUGCACAACGUCUAGUCAACCUGCCUGAGGGCAAACUUUUCAUUGCCAUAAGAUAUGUCGAAUUAUGAAUCUGCUUACCUGAGACCAUAACUCGCCUUAAUAGAUUAUUCUCGAGAGUUUCAGGACAGUUUAAUUUGCGCAUAGAAUGUAAAUAUACUGAUGCAAAAAUUAUAUGAAUUGCAUCUACUUCCUUCGAAAUCUGAUACUAUGUAAACAAAUUAAGAUUGGACCCUCACAACUGCCAAUCUCCCUUCAGAUAAAGAUAAGAUCAGCUGAGAGCUCGCCGGUGAAGAGGUUUUUAUCAAAAUGGUGUGAUUGGCUAUUGAACAAGCACAAAGAAUUUAGCUAGUAAUGGUUGUUUUGUAAUAGAUUCAGAUGGAUGAGGCGAAACUAAUAGACGCUGAGUUAAAAUUUCGGAAUUAUCGAAUUAAAAAAACCUGGUUAUAUGGAGACUUCCAGUAAUGUGCAUAAAGCAUGAGUUUGAAGAGUUACUAAAUUCAUCGGGUAAGUCAUAAUCUUCAGUAUUACUCUGCAGUGUCUGCGAGAUAACUUCGAAAGUCACGUUUAAAGUAAUACGUGAGGAGGUCAUGUGUACGCAGUGACGCACUAUUGUCCAGGUCGCAACCACCUACUGUUUGUCAGUUAAGCACUGAACACGAUGUUCGGUUAUAUGUUGUCCACGGUGUUGGUAACUGAUAUCAUACACUUGGGCCCAUUUUAACUGGAUCUGUUUCUAUUUACAGCAUGUGUUCCGCUAGUUACGUCUGACGAUAAAUAUAAACAAUUGCAUUUCCGUUUUUAAAAGAUGCAAACGUAUUUUUAGUUUUCGGAUGUCUUUACUACUCUAACUUAGUUUGGUCCCUCAGUGUAAGGCAAAGCUGCGUUCAUAGAUUGAUCGGCUGUAUCAAACCUAUCAAUAAAGUUCUAAUGAUAAGCAGAAUAAGCAAACACCCUUUUGUUUUGAUGCAAAGUAUUAAAACAGAAUUAACAGUAUCCAACAUGAAAUAUAUUUGGUGAAGUCGCAAACUUAUUGACUAGGAAAUGCUCUUUCUGCCGUUAACUCCUAUGACAAUAGUAGAUGGUCAACUUGCUCCAGCGGAAAUGGAAGUCAAAAGAACUGUGCCUGCACGAAAAUCGAUGGGAUUCUUGCACUGAAGUAGAGUCUACGCGACUUGCAAUACUAAUUAUUUCAACGAGAAUUUAAUUUUUACCGAGGUGGAAUUAAUUGACCUAAUUAACUGUGACAAGAACCUUCCAGCCGUUAACUGGCCUCGUGUAAAAUGAAUAAAAUCUCAUGAUGCAUGAGACCUCUAAAAGUAAUUCACACGACCCGCAUGAGGCAUUACAUGAUUACAGGUCAAAAACACAGCUAAAGCAACUUAGCGAGAGGCUACGGAGGAAAACUGGAGGUGAAAACGGGCAUUUCGAACAUGUGGUGGAAGUCAGCGGUGCGAUUUAGAAGAGAAGGGCUCAUUCUAGCCGUGUCAAGCUCAGAACACAUGCAAGUGGACUGUACAAGUUGAACUUAUCACCGCAAAUGCAUUCCGUUCCUCAGUACCGUAGUGCACGAAUGUACCCACGGUUGCUGACGCCAUUCUACGGCCAAAUGAGUGUCCUCCUUCCAAAAAUAUCUUGCACCUGAGGAACAGGUUGUCUAGCAUUGCUCCGCAGAGGAUGAAAUAGCAAGUAAACAGCGAAAGAGCAGCAUUACAUGCAUUGUAAAAGUUACUGUGAAACUAAAGCAGUCUAGAAUUAAGAAGGGAGAGAUCUGUUUACGAAGGCAAUAACCAACAUUAUUAUUUCCCUUCCUCGACCUUAAUAGCAGCGGGUAACGCAGGUUAGCCCGUCACGCACUGAGCCCUUCACAUACAUAUAUAAAAGUGAUGUUUUUCGGCCAUAAACUGGAUGUUCAGUGUGUUCUCUUUCACUAGCAUUCAAUGAGAUGGGAAACGAAGGAAUUGUCGAAAAACUACAGCCGCUCUUCUCCCCGCAGAGCAUAAUAUGUCCACACUCGUUACUUAAAAUUGGUCAGAUUAACCGACCUAUCACUAGCACAUAAUCUCUUAACGUGAAAGUCCAGUUAGCAAAUGCAACUUGAUCAAACAUCGGAGAACUUGCAUUCCUCAUUUUGCAGCCACUCAUAAGUACUAGUGGCCCAGCGGGAACGACCACCCAUAGCGAAUCAGCUAGCAAUGGCCGAUACCAAACAUUGGAGUUAAGCUAAUGCAUCGGUAAGAACGGAGGAAUUACCAAGUGCUCUAGCAUACAUGUCGUUCGCUUUUGUCUGCAAUAAUAGUGGUGAAAAUAGGAGUUGAAUAUCAGUGUCAUAAAAGCAUCUUAGAUAUGGCGAAGAAUGACAGACAGUCCAAAAUAAAACGAAAGUAUGCAUUGCCUUACCUGUUAAACUGUCUUUCUUUGGCUACCAGCGCAUUCGGGGUUACUUUAUGUGACGAAAUGUUUUUUUAGGAUUCACCUUUAAUGUUAUUCACUUAGUCGCGCGGUAUUUGGGCCAAAAUUAGGAAAAUACCAUGAGUAACACGGCACUAAAUAUUUUCCGGUCAAUACACACAACAACAGCCGUAAAUUAGUGCUUGAUCCAUUCGCUGUGACCCAAAAUACCAUAGGGAAGACCCUCUUUCCCGUUUAUCAAAGCAAUUUCCGUUCAGGUUCGAGGGCUCCAUGAACUGCACAUUCAGUUCGUUUGUGUCAUUUGCCGGGCCAUAACAAUCGAGGGAGAGGCAGUCAAUUACUUUUAAGCCGUUAAAGUUUUUUAACCUAAUAAGAAAUUUUAAGUUCACGAGUAUAUAUGACCCAAUAUAUCCGAUGAGUUUGCAUGCUCUCGAGACACUCUGUUCGACGACAAUUCAUAAACUUAAUUUUGCCGUUUGAUUUAGACGUUAGAUUCGGAUACGUACAAAGGAGAUUGAAUGAGUACAGGAAACAGCGGCUGAGGGUUUUGUCAAGAGAAUGAACGUUUCUGUUUUAUCUCCCAUGCAGAGAUUUUUGAUCUGGUAUGUUAUACCUGUUGACAAGACCUCUUUUCAGUCUCCUUACUAAGUCUGCUGAAAAAAGGUAUGUUAUCAAGGUCACGUACAGCUCGUUGCAGCGUAAAACCACCCAGGUAAUGAACAGGAGCGACAGUUUAACCACCGUGCGCUCCAGAGCAUGGUGGGCUCAGGGGAGAAGUGAACUAUGCGUGGACUAGUUUACAGUGAUAGCGGACUUGGGCGGCACCUGCCGCACUCCCCCCUUCCUCGGCUCGUGGUCCUCAUGCCAACUCAGGGCCGGAAAGACCGGGAGCAGGGUCGGGCUCAGCGGUUGACAAAGCUAAAUGACUAAGGGGGGAGUACCAUAGAGGCCGGAUUCAGAGGCAGCCACUGCAGCGACACUCGCCAUUCUAGGAGGAGGAGGACCGAGUUAUUCUGUCAGUUAGCAGCAUUCCAAUUCAUGGCUUUUAGCGCACCGUGAUAGUUUCAGGACACGUCAAAUCGUUUAUAGUGAGGAAUAUGCGCCGAAGCGCCAAAGGGUCGCAGUACCUAGAGUCGACCCCUCUUUCCCUCCCCUCUCCCAGGCAUUGGUUUACUGUCCUAGCGGACCAGUCAUAUGAUGCAAGGAUUGAGUUCAGCUGAAGGGUGUGGCGUUAGUCAUCGCCUAGGCGUUUCACCACACACACCCCUAUGUUUAGCAUUUGUUAUGAGUUUUCGGUCCGCAUAACACGUGCCGUGCCACAAUCCGACGCGAUGUUGAUGCGACAUAUCUUCCGCGUGGUCCUUUGUAGGGAAAAAAUGAGGGAAACAAUGAGUCCACCACAUUAAUUCCGGCAGUACUGAAUCUCACACAUCAUCUCUUGAACCAACACAAGGUCUUUACCUGACUGACAUCGUACUCGAAUCUCUCAAAUGCCUUAAUGUUAACAGGUGGCGGGCGCUGUUACACGUAGUCAGGAUAAAGCUUGCCUUUUUCCACUUCACCUAAAUGCGGCUUAGUGUUUCAGUUUGAGACUGUGAUGAAACACUUAGAGGUUAUUUAAGCUGUCUCAAUCUUCCCCAGACAUAUCUUGCUUUUAUUCUUCCUGAAAUGCGGCAUCCCAAAACCAGAGCUGUCAGUGUGUAAGCCGUAUGCAACAAUAUAUGGGAGGUUGCACAUGCCUGCAUGAUUGGACACGGGAAUAUAGGCGUGCAUGUAUUAUAGAUGGGCGUGACCUAAUUUCCAGGUUGGGUGGGGGUUGAUGUCAUGAUUAGUGUUCAGAUACGUAGAAUAAAAACUAUGGCUGGGGUUACUGUUGUGGUUAUGGUUAGGGUUAACGCUAAGACAGGAGAACAGACACCUCUGGAAAUAUAACUUAGGGUUACCUAUAGUACUUGGGGGGUGGACCAUAUUCCCUUGCCCAAUCUUCUACAGACCAUCUGGUCUGAAGAAUUCCGCUCCGUCUGUUAAGAUGUUUCCCAUUAGCGGCUGUCCAGAAUCUACUUGAACAUAGGCAACUUCUCGGGCAAUAACGGCAUUACAUACAGGUACGUCCAUACAUCUUUGAAGACUGACAAAGUAACUAUUAUUUUAGCUGUUUAUCGCAGCAUAUUAGGGAAGAACUAAAUACAUAUAAUUAACUGAAGUGUGGACAUAUCUCACUAAGUUGAAGGCUUUUACGUCGAAGCUGAGAGACGUUGAUAACCGUGAUAAAAAAACUGCUUCAUCAUUUAAAAAAGACACUAUCUGUCCGAAACCUAUCAAUAAGCGAGAAGAGGUAUGAAAUGUUUUCUAUAUGGUCGAAUCAGAAAUAAGCCAUAUCUCGUAAAAGAAAGAAGGCACUGACAAAGUCCAACAUUACAGCGACGAACAAUUAGGGGAGUAGACGAAAUAAUUCGUCCCUAUCUGAAGGAAAAUCCCGUCACGAAAACUCUACUGCAUUUGGGCGUGUCGAUGCCAAAACUAACAGCAGAGUUCACCAGAGUAAGUACGAAGCACGGAAGGCUGGCCGCACGCUGUAGUUAAUAAAAAACCUCAAAAGUUGGGAGACCGGGCGAAUUUUGAUAAAAAAAUAAAGAAGUUUCUGCACAGCCGUUUAACGGCAUCUUUCGUUAAAGUGAAAAAGGGAUAAGCGUCUUUGUUUGUAAGUAUUAUUUAUACUUUGUUUCACAAAAAUGCUGUUCUACAACCUGUGUAACACGGACUACCUCGUGACUAAUAGGACUCGUCUCGCUGGACCCGUGGGCCCCCAUUCAAGUCAGCCCUAUGGUCCUCGCUCGAGCGUCAUCGGCCCCUACGGCUCUGCGGCGCGCUCGCCGAGUGCCCCAAGUCCCCGAGUGGCUCAACCAGCCGCCUCGACGCUCAGUUCGGCUGGUCCGUCAGCGGCUGCAACUGCUACACCGUUGGACACUAGUGGGCAAAGCGGUAUCUACACAAACCUUAUGAGACCACCGCUGCAGCCCUCAGUGCCAACGAUGGCCACCUGGAAGCCCACAACAACGCCCACUAUGCCAACUGCUGAGUCGAUAAAAUCGUCGGCUGCCGAUGGCGCCAGCAGCACGGGCUACGUACCGCUGUCUCAAACAAGGGAACCCACGAGUUUGUAAGUUGUACUGUCUCUAACCAGUCUGUUUACUGCUGGAACUGAAAUAUCCCUCCGACGGUGGACAUUUAUCCGAGUGCCGAAGAGAGGCACUUAAGUGUAUCGAAAUUCAUCUGCCAUUGCGUCAAGUCCUAUAGCAGGACCGCGGAGUGAUGGCUUUGUGCUCUUCCUCUAUACUUCUGAUGUUUCGGGAUGGAUCUCUUCACAUAAUUGCACCGGUCCUUUUGCACGUGUUCUUCAAAUGGCGGCGGGAGAUAAACGGUCAUACUUUUUGCAAACCACUCAAAGAUGGAUAGACUUUAUGCACUUUAAAUAGAACGUGAAUCAUUCCGUCCAAAUAUCAACCAAGGUCGUAAGACACUUAGGGUUCCGACGCCAAAAAUCAGGAAGUCGGGACGUACUGGGUGGCGAAAGGAAAUAACUGGUUCCAUUGUUAUCACAGAGAGGGUUAAUGCGUUCUUUGGCAAAUUCCCUGCUUUCUCAUGAUGUUAGUCAGACACUUGGAUAUCAUUGUUAUAAUGCAAGAUGGCUAACCGAUACGGUGUAGCAAGGGCUUUAUCCGACAGUAUGAACACACCUGUGUAAAUGUGACAACCGUCCGAAUUAGUCCCUUUUCCAGGUUAUAUUACAAGCUGACCAAGUAUUUGGGCUGGAGUGGAUAAAACUAAUAACCUCAUUUUUACUAUGACUCCUUACAACUACUUAUUUCACAAAGGUACGCCGAGAGACAGCCUGAGGAUGAUGGUGUGAAUUACACGAAUAUGUCUUCUCGUAGCCAUCAAAGAAACUUCUCCAGAGCGCGGGAGUAUGCACUUUACUAGCCACUUUAUUUUGAGGACGAUCAUACCUCGUAGGUCGGAGUGUCCAACAGGCCGCUUGACAUUCUGACAGCUCCUGUCGGUCGUCAGGUGGUACUCCGGCUGCCGCCGUCAAUUAUAUAGUAUUGCCGAUGCGGGUGCGUUUACUGCCCCUGUGCGGUUUUCACUCCCGCUUAUGAGUUUGUUUUGAGAUUCAAAAUAUGUCUUGCAGGCGUUCAUAUUCGAGAAAAAUUUUGCAUAAGGCUAACCUUUAUGCAGACGGCAAGAUCUGUGUUGCAGGAGGAAAGAUAUUUGUAAAGUGUCUUCUAAUCAAAUGUUGCCUACGGCUCAUAAAAUUAGCUGUCGUCAGUCUACAAUGUGCACAUUCAAAAGACCGAAACUACCCUUGCUACGGUACUAAGACAUAGGUAACUUUUACAGAAAAAGCCUAUACCAUUUAGGCCCAUCUGGAUUAGUCAGUUUCUCGGUUUGCAUAAACAACGCUAUAAAAGUGUAGGCACAACCCGACUGAAAGCACCACUCUUACUGGACGAUACUUAAAAGGUUAUUUUACGCACCCACCGAUCACCCAUUCAACAUAAAGACCAAAAAGCCCUCAGCCGGCUAAAGGAUCGAUCGUAAGGGAGGAUCUCCCAACUCCUUUUAAACAAUAAAAACAAAAGAUCUGCAUUCCAGUGGCACAAUCAUACUCAUUUAUGAAUAUACAAAGUUUGGGGGAGUCAAAACAGAUGCGAAACGAUCCUAACCGGUGUUCAUUGAAGUAACUCCAAGGACCACCUGAAAUUGUGUAAUCUGUAUUUUCGAAUCAAGGUUCUUGAAAUGCGCAUUACCUAGUUUUUUCUUACGAGGAAACUGAAACGAGUAUUUGCUGUCUUCUAAAAUUGUUGCCAUUCAUUUUUGUACGUAUCUCAUAUAUUUGUGAAAUAAAAAUGAACCGAGGUAAUGUACCGAAUUCGUAUCUCUUCAUUUUAAAAUUUUAAAAGUAUUACAAAAACUCAUAUGAGGUGAUUGUGCUGAUCUAGGAAUUAGUUAACAGAAACGUGUGAAUAACUGCACAAAGACCAUCCAAUGAGCUUGAAUAUCUCUUUUAUUUUUUACCCAUCCGACCUAGUUAGAAGCGCUGUAUUUGGCAACGGAAUUACCCUAUUCUCAUGGUUUGCCGGGUUCAGCGAAGGACGAAACCGUCUCUGAUAAGACUUGUCAAAUUGGGCAUAUUGCCUUUUUGUAGCCGUUUAGAGUCCAGCUUGCCGACGGUGUGUGUUUCUCAUGGAAAUUUGGAACAGUUGAUGAAUGAUUACUUUUUUGAGGGCUUCUUAUGGAGUACUUUCUUAAAAUAUGGUUGCCGUGUGCGAUCAUUUACUCAUUCGGAACAUUUGAUUGCGCACUUAUGUGAGUCACUUUCAGAUCUAGAAAACCUUGCACUUGUCAAAGAACAGGUAGAUAAAUAAUCUUUUUCGGCAAAACAUCACCAAUCCUGUACAGCUGUGUGUGUAGUUAUAUUGCCUGUGGGGGCUAGUCGCAUGCCACCCGUGUGAAUCUUAACAACUGAGGCUGGAAGAGCGGAUGUGCUGAAAAGGUGUGUACGUACUGAAAAGUCAGAGAUCGAUGGGAACCGGUAAUGCAACGUGGGUGGCAGGUGGAACCAAACGUAACUGGCAAAAUCGACGCCAAAGAAGAUGAGAAAGAAAGGGACGAUGCGAGAUGUGCCCGAAAACUAUCGCAAGCGGUUAGCCAUGGUCUGGGCAAACGUUAAACUUACACUGGGGUCUUACGUGUAAUGAGGGUUGCGGAUUUUACUUUUAUGAGCAUUGUUUCUAAAUUAACCGGUGUGCGUCGACACAGAGGAUUCAACUGACGUAGUUGUAUUUUAAAUUUUAAAUGGUUUCCGCAGCACAGUUUGCUAAUUCUAUUGCUAGUGGUCCUAGAAUCUCAUACGAAAUAGUCAUGUUAUAAGACUGAGGCAGCCUCUUCCGUAUGAAUAAAUGCCUGCAUAGAUGCACGAUGGGAGUGGUCUGAAACGGCCGCUUGUCCUUGACUUCGAUAAAAAGAAAGAGCGGGCUUGGGGAAAUUACCUUUGGUUGAGAGACCAGAAAGUCUAAAUAAAAAUAGUCGUUAGUCUGGGUCUCACUAGUUCAGUACAGACUGCAUUCGACGUUUGGUUGAACGCAUAUGCCAACUUUAAACAAUUUAAGUGUAUGUGUGUAUUUGUAUAGAUCAGUUGAAGGUUUGCUUACGAUGCACUAAAAAGUUGCUUGGGUGGCUAUGUUGCUAUAAAAUUUCGUCAGCAUAACCUUAACAUUAAAAUUAUCAAACUGACGGAUGGAGCGUUGUUUUGCUUAAUACAGUACUCUUGUUCCAGUCCCUGGACAAUUGCCAUCAGUUGAUGUCAAAGAAGAAAGUUAUUAUUACAGUUUGUAGCAUUAUUUCAAUAGGUGUUUUUGGCAGAUUUUGAAUAAUUCAUUUGGCCCAGCUGCGGAGCUUGUAGUCAUGUGGGAGAUUCUAGGUGGAUUACUUAGGAAAUCCUGUCUGGACAGUCAGCUUACUGUAUUAGAUUUGGUGGAUUUCAGGCGUUUCAGUAGGUUGGGCGGGUAAACAUGACCCAAAUGGGAUUAAACUCACGUCUUCCGGUGGGGCCUCGUAGCUCAGGUGGCUAGAGUGCUCGUUGUACUCCUUGAUGUAGUGGGAUCAGACGCCACCGAGGUCGCCGGACUUUCCGCAUUUGUGUCAAAGAAGAAUAUUACUUUGGCAACUCGUCACUCUUUAGACAACUAUUCCUCCGCAAACCCUUGUUGUUGGUCUUGCAAGCCAGUUCGCGGUUUCACAGUUUCUGAAUCCGAUGUGGUGGUCAAAAAUAUUAGUUUGGAAGUUUGCUCUGUCAGUUUGCAUUCUAAGAACUACUUGAAACUCCCCCUUGUUUGUACUAAUAUUUACCAGAAUACAUUUUACACCAUGAGGAGAUGUUGAGUGUCAUCCUCAAGCAGUUUUUAUAUUUUUUGCUUGAUGCAGAAUCGCUCCAUGGAGGUUUUUUACUCCAAAAUUGUUACAGAACUAAGUGGCAUGAAACAUCUAAAGACCAGCCAAUAGGCUGAAAACUUCAAAACAUUAUAAAGCUUGCCAUCAUAAAAAUUAUAGGUCAUAUUUUUCCUUAUGAAAAUAUCCUUGUUCAUACAAAUGAUUCGAAACGUGGUGUAUUCUGUUUAACCCACGGGUGCAUACGCUAAUAAACCUGAGGGAGAGGGAGCAGAUAAAAAGCGGCCUAAACAGUGCCUGAAAUUCCUUCGUUUACGAUGACUUGUCAAAUAAGAGUUUGCUUCACCUGUGCCGAGAACUUAACACCUCUUGAUAAAAGGAGAAGGACGAUUUAGUAGAGGACGGAUAUCAACUCCAUUUUCCAAUACAUGCGAUUGCUUUGUAGCAAAGGUAUUAAAAAGUGAUGAGUAAAACUUGUAGAACAUGCGGUUGCAGCCUGUAAAACUUUGCCAUUUCUAAAGCAGAUCAAGCUGGUUUGAAAAGAGUAUGACGUAGGUGCACCUCGGGGCCUAUGGUGAAUCAAAUUCCUUACAAGAUCUUGCUUACAGCCCUUACAAUCAAGGCAUAUGACUGGCUCUUACGCCUUAAGUUGACUUCCGAAGCACUGUAGAACAUUUUUAAUUAGUCGCUCUGUUAAACUACGCCAAACUGUUGUGAUUAAGUAAUAUAUAUGAUGUUUUAGCGGCGAAAUGCAAUGAGGACGAGUGCCUCGAUGUAUCGAAGUAAUAUCUUAUAUAGAACUUAGGCACUAGAAUGCUCCUUGUCCUUUUUGACAUCCAUAUAUGUAAAGACGUUUUUGAUACUCAUAACAUAAAUUCAAAUUAUGCCAAACGGGUGCCGGGGUUCAUAGCUUUACCUAGGAAUUAAAGGAGAGACAUUAAUUACAGCCAAAUCUUCCGGUUUCUCUGACAUGGUCUAACCAAAGUUUCUAAUCGUUUGGAAAGCGUUAGCUUGCCAGGACACUAUGUCUUCUCCCAGACUCGAGGCUUUACGUUAUCGUCAGAACAGCUAACAGACGUUUUGUCACUAUAUUCUGGCUUUUCUACGUGUUCCAGAUUCACAAGAACACGAACUUUGCUUGUACUUUGCCUGUAAUUACGGUCAGUAUGCUCAGUGACUUUAUUUCUCGCGUCCGCUAGCAGUCGUUCGUUUGUGAAUUUUAUUAACUCAUCGUCACAACCUGCACAUUCAUGGGUCAUCUGCUGUUCUGGGGAUAUUGCACGAAGUUAGAAAAUUGUUGGCAAUUCUCACCACACCUCCAUAAACUGUAAACUCCGAUGCAGACUAGUAUUCGAUUCUUGUCAAAAACCGAGCCCAGCCGCUAAAAGUCUGACGUUUGCAAAGCAGGCGUGCACACGGUAGGGCUUGUGUGAUGCUGAUCUUAGAGUCCUUGCCAAGUCAUGACUCAACCAAUCAUUGACGAUAACCUCUCAAAAACUUGCAUUCAUACCGCUUGUGCCCCUCAUGAUGUUUUUGCGAAGUCGGAGACGGAAGAAGUAGGAGGGCAAUAUGAAAAGGAGGCUUAUCCGAAAUAAGUCCUUCCCAGGUAAUUUGUGCUCAGAAAUCCCCGUGCAAGACGUUAGUCUGCCUGCGUUCGGAUGAAAUCUGCGUUUCGGACCCAAAGUGACCCGUCUUUGUAGUUUGGAUUACCGAAUGCCCGAGACAACAAUGCACGUGACUGUUGAAUCAACGUUAAUCACCACUGCAUAGUUAUGGUAAAAGCAAGGAGAGUUUGGUGGAGAGAAGAGUUAUGGGGGUUGAGGCGGAUGCAUAGAAUGGGACUCUGGGUGGAGUCGCCACUUGUUUAAAACUUGAGAGUGUUAGCAGUUGCUUACGUGAGUACCUUGAUAAGCUUGAUGAAGCAAAGCAUUCUACAUUGGAUCUGGUGACCCUAAAGGACAUGUACCAUGGCAGAAGAACGUGGGGGCGUUUGUGCUUAGCUAGGUGUGGUUGCGUUGUACGGGGGCGAACGAAAGGACAAUCGGUCGGUCCAUAUACAACAGUUACUACCCACCCACUGAAGUACUCCCUUUAACCACAAACACAGAUGACUGCAGACAGUCAUCGUCAACCAGAGCAGACAAACGUUUUCGAGUAUGCCCGAAAAAGAUAAUGAAAGUGGGAGGAAGAGAAAUAUGCUCGGCGAGAAGGACAUGGUAAACUAUAACGGCACUGCCAAGGCGUGGACUACUAGAUUGCCCAGUGGCUGGAAAUUCUUUUCUGUUUUCUAGAAAGAAGUUCCUUCCUUCCAUGCUUUCGGAGAAAUGAGGGCGGAUUGCCUUCUUUGGUGGUGUUGCGAAUCUCCCGGAAUACGACAGAAACACGUGUGUUUGAGCCGAAACUUGUCGCUGGAUUGGGCGAUGAGGUAAACUGCCACGUGUAAAUAUGUGUGUAUAUCCGCCGAGCACUUUGAAACGUCCAAUUUUGUAUCUGAUCGUCUUGAUCACCCCCCUUUCAGCAGAGUAUGAUGGUGCUCGGUUAAGAGUGGAGGUACAGGGCUAAACGUUUUGCCGCCUUUAACUCUCAGGUGGUCCCUGCUACUCAGGUAGUGGGAGUAAUGAUCGAGUAAAGAGGACGAACAGUCGCGUUUGUGAUUUGGGGAUUUAAAUGGUUGAGUGCUGCUAGAUGUGAAGAACGGUUACGAAUAUCAGCUUUUUUGUUAGCGUGGACUCGCAAAAAGCGGUUUGAUAAGUAAACGUAUUGAAAGAGAACUUCGCAUGUGACACUACAAUGCAUGACCCAUCUCAUGAAAUGUUGGCCGAAAUUCUGAAAUGCGUCUUCGAUUAGGAAGGAUUACUUAGACGGGGUUGUAAUAAUGACAAGUAUGCAGCAUAAGCCUACAGCAUUGCGGACUCACCAGAAUGUCGGCUUUUGGAUGCACUCCUUUUUGAUAUUAUGCAAAAAACGUACUUUGUAAAAAAUGACCUAUAAAGUAGCAUGCAUUUUUCCUAUUGAUUUUCCAUGAUCUUGUAAAUUCAAAUAUAUUUUAUAGAAAGUAUGCACAAAAAUAUGCUUUCUUUUACUCCAUUGGUAGAAAAUCACAUUGCCUUGAUAUUUUAUACCCGAAGAAAACGCACUGUAAAUGGACAAUUAACUUGUCUCUUGUGGAGAUUCGCGCACAAUAGUUUCGUGGCCCAUCCGCAUGUAUGAUGUCUGGUCCUGCUGAUAACGCAACAGAGCAGGGAAACUCGGCUGUUUCGGAAAGACAAGUGGUCUAUAAGUGGAACUAUCAUUGUUGUUAUUCCAUUAAACUAAUUUCUGAGAGUGAAACACAAUGGGGAUGCUAUGGAUAGCGACGUUGGUAUUCUGCAUAAAUUUGUCCUUAUUACUAAUUUCGAACGCAGAUAACUUUUAUCCUUGAAAGUUAAGGAAAUUAAAACGGGUAGAAAAAUUGUAUGGACCUUAAUUUUUGAUCAUGCAGGAAAGUUACUUUGCGUAUUUGAGACAAAUACUCUAUGGGACAAGCCAUUCUUUAAUUUGCCAAUAUUUUCCUCCCUAACAGUACUUGUGCAUUAGUAAAUAUGUUUUUUAACACAGUGGUGAAAAUACGGGCUGCUAUUUUCGCAUACUGCACAGCUUUAAAGUAGUGGUCAUCAGCUGAAAUCUCUGAAGGAGAAAUAAGCCGCAACAUUUUCAUCCAAAAUUACCGAAAUUAUUUGUACUUGACACUAUUUGCUUUUCCGCAAGUGUGUUUAAUAUCCACAUUGUAGUUUUUUUAAAAGCUGGGGCACUUGAAUUUACAGAAAGGAAAACCCCUUACUAGACGAAUUUAAAGGGAAGUCAAAACAUGUAAGUCAUGUGAAGAAUGACUCACAUUCAAAGAAUGAAUAGCAACAGGAUUCAUUAUGGGCAUGGCGAGGUGUUUCCACACUGAAAACUGCAGUGAUAAAUGCUUUCAAAUAACUCUAAAAUGAAUAAAACAAAAAACAAAAUGCAUCUUACAUCUGCUAGUUUUAUGUAAUUUUCACUCUAAAGAGCACAGUCGGUGAAAAUAUUUACCAAGUGCAAAAAAACUUUCUCCACGUACUUGACCCUUGUCUCGUCUACAAGUACUGGCUUGCUUUAGGCUAUUUUCAAUCACGGCUCUUAACAUGUCUGGCUCAAGCGCGCGAAAGUCUUCUCAAAUAUUGCCCAUAGGCGGCUGAAUGGUUCAAGACCUACCAACUCAAAUCCAAUUUUUCCGACUGCCCCAAAAUGUCUAAUUUUGUUAGCUGGAGUGAAGACGGGACAGUAUAAAUCGGGAUUUUGCGCAAUUAUUCGUCCCGUGAAAAUUUUCAUUUACAACUGAUUUGUGACUUUAGACAUUCAUUAAAUUUGGUUCGUUGGGUUUAACAGUAGUUUAUAAUUGUCUAUCGGCUCGUAUGGGUACAUAUGUAGACGUGGUUUCAUGCGUUGCAGUGAAGUCCAUGAAAUUUACAGUUCAAGAAUAAAUCUUCGAUGGAAGGUUUCUGAUUUUGACUGGCUGCACUGGCGUACGUGUGGAUUUUCUGAUUUACCGCUUAACACGGUACCUAGACCGGUGACUGACCAAUGACAACCUACGAAUAUAUUUUUGGCUUUAGUGUGCGUAUCUCUGACAUGAAACUCAUGCAUGUAUGAUAUCUGCGUCUGGUCAAUGGAGUGAAGAUUCUCGAGGCGAAAGAUAACUGUUUAUACGCCUUGAUUCGCUGCAAAAUAUUUAGUUAUAAAUUCACAAGGAGCAAACUUGCGGCAUCUGGGACAAAAGUUAAAGAAAUACUUGGUAAUACUAGGGUUAUUACAGCUUUUUAUCGGAAAGCAAUUUUUGGAACCCCCUACCUAAAUGAGGCGCUUGCAUUUGUUCUUGUUUUAAGUGAAAGGCGACACAAAAGUACGUACUUAAAAGUUAUCUAUGAUGGCCGAAAAUGAACGGCGAAAGCAGUCUUACUUUUGUUAGGAGAAAAAAUAUCUUUUGAAUGUUUUCCCGAAACGCAAUCCUUAAGUCAAUGAACAGUAUACAUUUGGUAUAUUUCUCUAAAAAUAUUGAAGUAGAUGCAGCCAGUUAUGUUGUAGUGGUACGAACGUUACCGUUAAGAGAUCAGCUACUUAAGUGUUUUGGCCUCGGUCCAGACAAAGAACAUGCAAGAAACACCCUGUAAUUCUUAAGAUCGGUCCUAAAAUACGGCAAAUGUCUGACUUUAUUUUGUGCUUUUCUCUAGUUUCCCAAUAUCGCCCACUCAGUUAAAGGUAAAAAUCCUCUAGGUUGUUGGUCACGGACAAUCUGUUUAGGAUUAAACACCUCCGGAACGAUUAAAAAGCUUUAGUACCGCAUGAAUAUAUUGCAGUGAGCAUGGACGGAAAAAGCCCAACCUAUCAUUCCUCAGUAAACGAGUGAAUAAUUGCGGUAGGUGAUAAGAUUUAUGGAAUCUGGUCGAAUCCUUAAAUAUUAUUUAUAACUUUGCGUAUGACUGAAAAAAAUUACGGCUGCUUUCUGAAAAUUAAAUUUACAAUUGUUCACGGCAACGAUAUUCUGCCUUUAUUACGUGCCACAGUCGGGCUGCUGGCUGGACUCGAGAGAGAAAGAGAGCUCCAAAGCACAACGGGACGAGUGAGUUCUGUAACGCGGUCUGUGUGCUGGCUUUAUGUUUUGACAACAAUUAGAAACUCACGUCUAGAAAACGUAUUCUUCGCCAGAUAACCUUCUCGUAGUGCGUUUCGCUACGACAGAACGUUGACAAAACUGGAUAGCUUCCCUAGAUAAUACCAUCCAACGGCGCACAGGCCAGCAGUCCAGUUGCCGGUCAUCAAAUAAAUGGCGCUUUGCCAUUGAGAAUUUUAAAUGCUGAGUCGGAGUAAAACGACAACAUCAAUGUCCACUCAGGAGAUUUAAAGAACUUUGGGAAAUAUUUUAUCUUGGGCUUUUUGAAUACCUUUCAUAUAAGCAAGUUUGCAGAUUUUUAUUGAGAUGCCGUGGUCCAUCUCAAAUAUAUCCAUGAAAAAUCCACUUUCUAUGAAGCCCCAUCACCAUCCCAAAAAGCCGAUGAUUGGCCACUGGAUGAACUGCGCUUUAACUUUAUUAACUUGGCAUGGGUAAUGGCCAUUUGUUCACUAGGUAAGUGACAGGUUCCAUGAGAAAAUCGACGGCUCAUGUUAUGUACUUCCUCAAUCCGGUAUUUUAACAGCAGUCUAAUCCAGAUUCUUACUCGCCCAGGCAAACAAAGCCGCCUGCGUCUGAUUUGCCAAUUCAGUCAGCCACAAGAAUACAAGGAACUCAGCAACUGGGGUAAGUAAAACUAUAUUCGAAAACUAUAGUACCAUGCUGAAAGAAAUGCAUCAAAAGAUUUUUUAAGGUGCAAUUCACCUUCUCUACGUAUGCAUGUUUUAAGAGCAAGUCAUAGAGACUAAUUCAGGAAACAACCCUCCACUACUCACAAAGUCACAAAUGAUGACAGUCAGAAAUAUGUUGCCCCAAGGUUGCUGGACCCUUAGAAACUUGUUUUCCAGGGGAUCUCUGUCCCGGACUCCCGGUUGCGGGGGGAGGCGUCGUUGUAACGAGUCUUUUUAAGCCCCCAUUUAAUCUGUGGCCGGCAUCAAGAAGUGAGAGGAGACGACGGCAACAGUCGAGAUCCGAUACCUUCUCUAGUAGGACAUUCAGCUUGACGGCGUAGUAGCUUAGCAAUGGACCAUUCUUUCUGCAUGUCCUCUUCCUACGGACCUAUGAGUGUGCACGAGGAGUCAACUAACAAACUUCAUAAAUCGAUUAGUCACGGUAUGCACUUGUUAGUCCACAAAUGCCCCAGCGGGCGGAUCCUCCACAUUUGAGCGAAGAAGUUAUAGAGUAAAAGUCAAAGUGGUCCAAGGGGAAUUCACCUCACCCCUCUGCGUGGCCAGUGAGCGUCUACGAAACCUUUGUGAACGAUCGAGAGGCAGACCACACGGGAACUGAGGAUGUGGCGAAAUCUAUCAUAGGAUGACUUGUUCUGGGCCAUCUCUCGUCCUCCAUAGAAGUUAGAUCGACCUGAUGCAGCUGUUGAACAGCACAUCAGAGAUACCCAAACGGCUGCGUCAAGCUAUGAUCGGUUGGACACCGUUCGUUAAAUCUGGGCCUGUUCUUGUCGGACCAGCUACCCGGAAGAUCUGUAGGAGAGUGUAAAUGCACAUGGAUGAGCAUACCACGGUAAUGGAGAUGAUUAAGCCCCUUUUAUUUGCUGGCAGGAUACUGCGUCACAAUAGCCAAAUAUUUGCCCUCAGUGAUGGCGGCGUCAUGUACCGAAAAAAUAGUCGGCACGGCUAGAGACACGUUGGAUGUCUGACACGCAAGAAAAACAUCCCUAUUUCGUUUCUUGCCGUCAUCGGUUGCUUACCAUGCAGCAUAGCUACAAAACAACGUACGGGAUUUUGAGGAAGAGACAGAUAGCAGGCAGACGCGUACGCCAUUACCAAAACAGUCGAUUAGGUUGACCACGAGUACAAAUGCAAAUAGGUGCAACAGCGACACCGCGGAACUCGGCAGUUGACUAUGUUGUCCCUAUGCCACUGUGGGGAACAACGAUCACUAUAAUGGGCUUUAUCUCCCUGCUCCACAGAUGGCUGACUCCUUAGAAACAAGUCACCAGCGUAGUCGGACCUAUCAAGAAGUAUUCUGGAGAACAUACUAAAUGUAAAUAAAUGACGAAAGCAUGCUUGACUUCGAAGUUUACGGGCAAUAACAUUACGGUUUUGGGAAUCAGUUCAUCAUUUUAGUUAAGUAUAUGUAAGUAGUUAAGCAUGUUUUUAUCAAUAUAAACAGUUUUAAAUUAAACCCAGUCAGUAAAACGUCUAAUGCUACUCACAAGAUAAGCUAAGAUGAUCUCAUGUUCUUGAAAAUGUUAACAUGCAAUUUGAUCAUAUUUGGGUAUGUCAACAUAAUAAUAAAAUAACUAGCAGUUCGAUAUACAUUCUGCGUAACAGUCUGCAAUGCAAUGCGUAUUUCAGUACUAUGCUUAGAGACGCCGAAUAUUUUACAGACUACCUUUUUCUGAAAAGUUUUGUUGACAAAGUUAGAGGCACUAAAAUGGUUGUUUUUGGUUUAUUUGAUAUCAUCAUUCCACCACACUCGACUCCAAGGCUCUAUUCUCGAAUUUUGAACAAAAGUCAUUUGAACAUCGAGCAGUGCCUCCGCUAAAGCACUGCCGGCUCCUGUCAUGUCGACCGAGACCGAGAGUAUUUAGUUAGGUGAUGGUGGCAUAAAUUGACCUAUCCUGAUUUCAGAACGGAAAUGAUCUUUGACGGCUUUACACUAGAGCCAAGGACGUACUAUUCACACUGCGGAUCGGGUGGCACCAACAGUUAAUGAUAAUGAUGAUUCAACAAUAAAACCGGACAGUAGAAUGUCCACAUCGGACUUAUUUGCUGUUGUUGUCCGUGAGACUCCAGUCGGAGUCUGAGGGCUGCUAGUCACGAUGAUUGCCCGGGUAGGUAGUAGACCCUUUGCUCCUGGGCAAAAUGAGCAGUGCCCAGUUCUGUCCUGCAGUCCCAAAGAAGGAUAAAUAUUAGCAAGAUGUCAUCUAGUGUUGAGUUGAAUUAAAUGGUGCAGCUUGACUCAUAAUCUGAAUGAAAAAAGCAACACUCAUUGAGGUAUACAUAUGAUUAGUUCAAACGUUAUGUUCGAACUCUCAGGCAAAUUUUCUGAAGAGGUUCUCUAUCAGAGCAUCAUAAACACACAUUUCCUGCCUAUCCAAAUUAUCCCAGUUAAAAGAGACUGUUAACGGCGUAUCUAGUAAGCCAACUAUUUAAUUAACAUACCUCUGUUGUCAGGAUUUUUAGCGUUUAUUAAGUCAAGGGCCAAAUGUGUGGGCGCUGAUUUCUCUUAAGUAGCUUAUUUUUGUCGGUCACAAUAAGAUAAAAUCGUCGUUGCAUAGGGUAGACAUGUAACUACGCAAGCGAAGUCGAUGAAAUGAAAUGACUUUCCGUUUUGGCCGUUAUAAAAUGCCCGUGUACUGAGUAGUUUGAUAUAAAUUUGGUUCCGGCCUGCCCAUAGGCGGAUUAUACCGCUGCUUAAUUUUGCAUUUCCACCACCCUAAAGCUUGAAAAUCCAACAAAAAUAUUUAAUGUAUUUCCAUAUAAAAUUAGGGAAUGCCAGCCCUGAGAGCUGCACUCCUUGCUUAGGCGUUGGAUUCUGACGAAAAUUGGCUCAGUUAUAAAAAAGUAGCGUCUAAAUGCAAAUGCACGGACUGCAAUAAUGCUCAUUAGUUAUUAUUUUAAAUGCUGAAGAAAUUUGUACGUUCUGUUCGAUAUUUUGACUAGAGCGUACUGAAUUUCUUUAGAAUUUGAAAGAUUAAAUCUAGGCUACUUAAUCUGUUUUCAUUAUUUGGCCAAGUCCUUUGAUGAAAUAAUUAACGUUUUUGUCUUUAUCUCGUUGACUUCACAAAGGUUGACUUAAACGUCGCCCACACAUCAAUAUUUUGAAGUUUCCGUUUGAUUAUAGUUUGCAUCCUAAAUACCCGAAGAUGGUUUUAACUCGCAUUUUUUAGUUUCCGAGAGAAGGUUGCUUACUUCCAAGCACAAGAACGUGGCACAAGACAGACAGUCACUCUCAUGCAAUCAGCCCAGUCAGUCGGGUAUGUUUGAGAUAUUUCUGAGCACAUUUUAAGUGCACAGUGGCCAUUAUUUGCUGAACGUCUUAAUAAAAGAGGGAAAUUGCUAAGAUAAUAUCACAGAUGUCAUAUUUCUUAUGUUUUAUAAGUAGCAAUUGAUUGUUGAUAAUGUAGACUAUCGGAGUAUCAACUCAUAUGACCCUAAAUCUGUUAUUUGAGGGUGAACAGAAACCGUGGUUGAUUUGGAUUUUCCUUACACAGUCCGCGAAAAUAACUUGUUACUUCUCGACGAUAUUUCAGAAAAUUUACUUUAACUGUCGAAUAGUGAGAGGCUUGUUUGCCUCGACCAAGUACUGACCCGCAGCAGAACUAGUAAGGACUAGUUUACAGGCAACGCAUUACCAAAUGAAACAUGGCCGUCCAUAUUAUGUAAUGUAAUAAUAAUAAUGAGAAUUUAAGAUACAAAAAACGAUGUUACUUCCAUAGUAUGAGCACUCUUGUACAUAAACCUGCACAUUCACGAAACUGUGCAUCCUACAAAGUUAAACGUAUGAUAACCAUGCCCGAGUAUUAUGCCGUAGGAAUAGACGAGCAUAAAAGAUCUUCCCGUUUUAGGCAAAUUCAAAAGAUUAAUUAUUAAAAACGCCACAAAUUAUUUUUGAAAAAGAGAAUACACUAAUAAGCCGGAAACAGUUUAAUUAUCUUCUAGCUCAAAAUCCGUAAUGACCAAUGGCCUAUAUAAUGUAACCGUGAAAGCGUUAAAACCGUCUUUCCAAUUCCGUCAUACUGGUGGACAGUGGAAACAUAAACAUCCGGUAAGGAUUGCUCAUAUGGUCUUUCAGCAGGACAUGUGGAUAGGAAUGCCCACAUUGCUGGUAUCUUUGCGAUAAAUUCCAGCUAAGACAUUGUUACGGUUAAGGAUUAUGUUAGGGUUGCGUUUAGUGUCAGGUUUAAGGCAAAGUUGGAAUUAAGUUUAGAGUUAUGUUUGAGAGUGGUCAAAGAUAACGAUCAUGGUUAGGGUCGUGACACGGCAAUAGGUUUCCUUCCUCAAUUUUCGCGCAAAGCAACCCGUAUUAUGGGGAACUUUUCAACUUCCGUCCCCCCAGGAAGGACACAUAUAAUCUCAUCAUCUAAAUACAUCCAUCACGAACUAAGUUAGGAUUAGCUUCUGCUGUGUCGCAAAACACCAUGUCUUGAGUAAAAUGAAAGAUUUCAGCGUUCACGCUGCCUACUUACGUUGUGGCACAGUGACUAAAAUUGUUAUUUUCAGGAAAUCUUUACCUAUAUUGACUCGAGGCUCUCUGUCCUUGUUCCACGAGUACUAGACAACGUUUUGUUGACUAUUUUACGAUUGGCGCUUCCUGGAUCGGUUUGGAUCUUUCGUGUUUUGUUCCCAAAAAACGAAAAUUUCAACUUCUUAUUUCACCAAUAUGCUCUUUAAAUUUUACCACACUUCAUUAGUACUAUAAUUCGGUAUAAAAAUAAUCUUUAAUUACGAAAUGCCCAUAUCUGGAUAAUGUUGUGGAAGUUUCUUCACGUUUUUUGUUUCAUCUGACGUCCAAAUAGGAGGAUGAGUAAUUGGAAGAGCCACAUUUUCCUUUCGGUCUCUAGACAGGCCAUUCAUCACUUGUCGACGAAUUAACUAUAACUUGAUAGUAGCAUUUACAAACUUGUUUUGAUUGGUGGACAGAAUAUGCGGGUUUCGGUUAACUUAGGAGCUCAAAUCUAGAGUUUCCAGGUGACGUCUGAUAGAAAUCAGAAGUAUGUAACUGAGAUGUGUUCCUAUUGAAGGCAACGUUGAUCAGGAUGUCCGCCGCCGCACAUUUGCUGUCGUCACCCAAAAGGACAUGAUAUUUCUUCUCGGCUCCUAUUUUACUGACCUUGAUGCCUCAGCAUCUAAGUCACGUCCCCAGACCCUGUCGUGCGUGACAUGUAAAUUGUACGUCAAGGAUCAGUCUUCCUCAGCCUGCAAAGGAUGUUUUUCUUGUCUUGGGUAGGGCGUGUUGAUGACUGACAAUGACAAGUGAAACAGAAGGGUGGAUUACAGUGUGCCUUGCCUUUUAAGGCAACGUCUCUCUAUAAGUUGAUUAAUCAAUAAGUGUAAACCUGAUGUGCCGAAGAAGCCUGAUCCGAUCCGGGCAACGCUAUAGAGAUGGAACCUAUUUAACUGUCCGUAGACUGUGGAUCGGGCCAUAUGUGAUUUAUAGUAAAGGGAGUUUUGUGCGUGGGGCAGCACGCUAGAUCGUAAGCUGACAAAAUUUAAAAAACGCAGAAAUUGCGUGGAUUUUUGCUGAAAGUCUUAUCCUAUGCUUUUGUACGACAACGAAAAUGAGAGUAGUAAUUAAGCAAAAAGCAAAGAGUAAAUUUCACAAACUAACGGAUUUUGAGUUAGGGUGUGAGGUCGUGGGAAGUAAUCGCUGUUGGCAGUGUUAUUUCUGCAACAGCCUGCAAAUAUAUGCCAAGAUAUAUCCCCAUCUGACACAGUCUACAGUCACCUGACAGUUAAAUGGAGCCCUCCUCUAUACCGUUGUCCCGAUCCAUACUCUAUCGAUGACCUACCACAACCAGGUCGGCCUUUUUCGACGGCAUGAACAUCAGUUUCUUCAGAAAGAAGGCCGCCAAUCCCUAUUUACAAUUUUUCACAAACCUGUAUGAAUGAAAUUUACACGGUGUUUAGAAUAUAUAAUAACGUUUGUUCAACUGUUCAAAUGCUCGGCAAGUUAUUUGACUCCUUCGACUGAAUUAACUUCUGCCCAGGAUCACUUAAUUUUUCUCUAACUUUUCCUCUUGAAGUUCUCGCUUUUCUUACAGAGCUUUCUUCCUUAUUUUUAUGAGAUCUAUUUGCAGAGGUGCUGAUUUUUUGAGGAGCGAAAACCUAAUUUGCUGGAACCCAUGCCACAUAAUUUGCCCGGGGGUUUAGUCGUGAGACGUUGUUCAUUGUGCUUAGAAGCGGCGCGUUAAUAAAUGAAAAAUCGAGCUUUUACUUGUGUUUGAAUAAGCAAGUUAUAUCAUUUGAACAGCCCUACUUUAAUCUGUCCCGUUGACAGGUAUAAGCAAUGCAGUCUCUUACUUAAAACAUUGAUUUGGUUUUGAAGUGCAGUUUUCUUCGUCUGAUGAAUUGUCAAUAUGACAGUGCUGCAGUUAGGUUUUUGUAAAAGUGCACAUGUACACCUGCUACCCAGGCAACUCAUACUCUUAGGUGCACACUUUCAAAUUAUUUAUUGUCAUGCAAAAAGUAAAUACUUUGAUCAAAAUGGAGUUUUCUGAAAAUUGACGCGCGUCUCUUUCGGGUAUGUAAUCUGAAAGAAUGGAUGUGAUGUGGGGAGUUUUUGAUGGUAAAUAAAUGAUUAUGAAAACCGAAUACUACUUAAAGGAUCUUUAUACUUUCAAAAGCAAAUUAAAAGAAUUAAGUGAUAAAACUGGGAAUCCUAUGAUUGUUUAUGCUUUUUUGGUAAAAAAAACGUCUGCUGUCUACGUUACUGCGCCUCGGAAGGACCACCGUGAGAGCACAGAAUACAGACCUUCGCUUUUUAAAAACCCUAUUAAAUCGGAUGCCGUUGGAUAGUUAUUUCGUCGGGCGGACUGAUGUAGGGAUAAUCACCUGUCAUGUCUGAGUUAAAAUGUAGGCGUCUACCUCCCUUCUCGAUAGGUGAUAGACUAGAGGAUCACAUAUGUGGCUUCCCCAGGCAGGACACGGGAUAGAAACAUCGCCGCUAUAAUACGGAUAACUUUGGGUUAAAUUCCAGGGAGGCCAUUAUUUCCUUAACCAAACACUAACACUGACCAAAGUCUUGAGCACAAACAUAAUCUUAGCUCUGAAUACUUCCUUAGCCCCGAAUCGAACCUGAAUUUAACUGGAAAAGCAACUGUAUUAUGGAGGACACUUUUAUUUUUGAGUCCUGCCGGGGUAAUAACCACAUAAGUGAUCCUUGCCGUUCUAUGUCUUACGGCAAGCUGAUUUUCCUGAUCCAUGCGGCUAAUGUCGCUGUAUUAGUUCCGACGGCCUUUGUAUCGGUUAGUGAGCCUGUCUACUUUGUAGGUAUUCAUUGCUGAGGAUAAUUUUCCGACCUAUCACCUUUGGGCUCUGCGGGUGACUCACGGCUAUGUUAACAGGCGGACCCCUCUUUCUGAGAAGCGUAUCGUCUUGACGUGAUCUUAACUGAAUGCGAUACCUGUCAUAGUGUUCUUUGUUUCGGGAGGUGUUAGGUUACAUAUCUCCCCAGUCUCAGGUCAUCUAAUGCCGGGUUCUUAAAUUAGGAACCUCGACCUAUGGUCUUUUUAGGAUUUUUCUAAAGAACACACAUCCAGACAAUUAGUUGGCUUUUAUAUUUAGAAAUACAGAAUAAACUAAACGACGAAUUGUCCUAAACGGGUCUCUAUUAUGAGAAUCUUGUAGAAUCUUGCAGGUGAUUAAGCGCCGCUGAUGAUUCUCGAUGAGGUUUUCAGUUCCUCCCUUAAGAUCAUGUUUAAGAACUUAUUCAGUAGUUUUCGGUCUAUUUAAUGCCCCUUUCGUUCCUGAAAACCGACACAGAAUCAUAUCUUGAAUUGAGUGAAGCCCUUAUUUUCCUUAGCGGUAAAAUGCCCCAUUGCGUUUGCAUUACUGCUUAAUGACUCUUUGUAUGAAGAUGGGACAAUCUAGCCCAUUACAUCUAAGCAAAAGUAAGAAUUCAUCAAGGGAUCACAAAGUGCAUUAACACUUUGUCAUGUUUUUUGUCUUUGUUUGCAGAAGUACCCAUUAGUUCAAAUACUUUUAAGCAGUAGUAGCCGAAAGGGGCUUUUACUGCUUAGCUUUUCCGUCCUGCACACAUUGAUUAGAAUCGUAACUUAUACGGUUAGUGAGAGCGAAAUGCUCUUUCCCGGCACUCUUUCCGUUCCUAGACAACCAUACAUCAGACAGAGCCAAAGACGCCGUCCUCCGUUUAUCAUAAUGCUUAAGUUCUACCGAUAUAUUAUUGGUUCAGGACACCGUUAGUUCCUCUGGCAGAUGACGACAAAUGAAGUAAAUUUAGUUCUUUCUAGUUUUGCCUUCAGGAACCCGCUGUUUUAGAAGUAGCACUUCAUACUGAUCACACAGAAGACGAACCUUGGUUUUUGUAGAUUCAGAAGCUAUGAACAGCCCUUCCGCCAACCGGAGUCAUCCAUUAGAAUGCCAACUAUGGAGCGUUCGCCGUCACCGUAAGUAUAUUUCUUUUGGAAAGCGUGUUAAUUGUUCUUUUCUUGAUUGUGACAUAUUCGCCAUAUGAAGUAAAAUCUGAUUUAAAACAAGUAGACAACUUUGAGGGUGGCAUGCCGAUCUGCUUUACGUAGAAUAAGCAAGACGUCAUUGUAGUCUAUUUUGGCUAGCAAUGACACUUUCGUGAAAAUUUCCGUCUUCUGAUUGCUCAUUUCCAGGCUGCGUGGCAAAACUAGGACGGAAUUGCUCUAUUAAGUAUUUCAGUCUGUGCGAGCGCAUUCUUUCCUGUUGAUCAUAUAAAGUGUUGCUAACUUCCGUCAACCAUUCGGUUCUUGUUCGCCUCUGAAAGCCAAUGGGUCACUGCACGCGUAUUUCAGAUUAAAUAAAUAACCGGUAUGCAGCAGCAGAGAAUAGGAGGUGACUGAUCACUGAUAAACUUCAGUUCGAUGAAAUGCCUAUGAAUCAUCUCUCCGCUCUCGCCUGUGACCAUCGGCGUCGUUUAAUAGAGCAAGUUUGUGUUUCUGGUUCCUGAUGGUGGUCAGAGUCACGAUUAACCUGAUGAAGGCAGAAUAAGUCAUAAAGGAUCUACAUCAUUUUAACCGCAUUUUCUGCCCUCUCUCUUCUCUGCAGGAAUUAAUCCAAUACGUUCUUAACCUCGAGGCCAGCUGACUUUAGAAUUGCAGGGACUUUUUAAACUAUAGGCCAAAGAGAAGCAUAGGCAUUUAUUGUCUUAAAGUCAACAGAUCCAAAAUCACGAAAGGAGGCAUCACAGGCGCAUUGUGAUCUGUCCUCUUGCAUUAUAAAUGCUCUUGCGUAAAGCCGCAGCGGAUGGAAUAAGUGCAAGACCUCAUGGCACCGACUUAAGAAUUUAUGCAAAAAAUAUGUAAGUUUAAAUAACUGUUGUGGAUUUUACAGAGUUUUUCGUGAUAGACGUCAAUUCUGACAUCCGGAUGCCACUGUGUGUGGUUUUUACUCGUUAUAAUGAACGGCUGAAAAUCCGGUUCACAUGUUCUUUCCAGGUGGGAAUGAAUUUUGUUGUUUAAACUAUUUUAAACACACCCUAAGACUUUAAGAAAAAUCAGACGUGCACUUUUGCGAAGUUUUAACUCAUUUCAUAUAGCGAAUGUGGCUUUUGAUAGGAACAUGUUAUCAAUCAUUAUUACACGGAUUUCGUCUGCUAAGAUAUCAGACCCAAAAACAUAGAUAACCCGUUACCUGCCUUGUAAUAAGUUGAGGUUCGAGGCGACAAAGACCAUAUUUGGGUGAUGUUUCCUUUUUCCUGACAGACGUAGUCGUUUUUGCAUAUGCCAGUAUGUUUCGGCAACGCCAAUUAUUUCGUAGUAACUGUAGAAAAAAUACAUCACUGGACUAUUGAAAAGGAUUUCGGGAUUCGUCAAAGUUUUUGCUGCAAAGAAAACUGCAAUAUUUGCAAAUGCGACAUCCGGAACUUGCAGAUUGGACAAAGGUAGACUUGAAAAUGACUUAAUAGACCAACUUGGAUAAACUACCUUAACAUAAAUAAUACCUUCCUAAGGUAGCAUUUGUAUGCAUACCAGUAAAGCGUUACGUAAAGGAAGUGUUUGAAAAUCGGGACUUGUAGAUUGCAAUCUUAAUUUAUUUGCGCAACUUUAGUCUAUGAUUCUCUUUGCUUUGUUUGCGUAUGUGUUUCUUGCGUAAGUGGUAUGUAACCGUUUGGCAUAGCGUGCCAGACAAAAAGGAAUUAAGGUCUUCUAUAAGUGGCUUGUCUUCUAAUAAGCUUCUAGAAAUUUUCGAUUACACAACUCUAGACAGAGCUGAUUUCGAAGUAUACCGUCCAGUAGAUUAUUCUAUUAAAGUGCAAGUAUGUCCGCCAUGCAAAUAAUGAAUGGUGGGCAAAUGUUUCAUAUCUAAGUGUGUUUUUAUACUCUUAUAACGGAGUAAUCCAACUGUUAGCUAAACUGAACGUCUUUUGCAUUGCAUUAGUCGCGUCUUGAAUAUACUAAGUAGACAAUACAUAAGCACUAUCAUUACAGGUCAUCCAUGCCUAAAGUAAAGGAUCUUAUGCAUUUCCUUUGUUAUUUUACGGACCCACGACCAAAGUGACAGUGCAUCCUACCUGAACCAUGCCCAGCUCUGCGCACUGAUAGAUGUAUCAAUCACAAGCCAGUUAACUGUUAUAUACUUUCUGACUGGAAGAUGCCUGCCCCUUUUAAGGAAGAUGAACACCAGUGAGGCAUUUGCCGCCCUUAGUUUACAUUGCAGGCAUUCCUAAAAUCCGUCUCACCUAAGCAACAAAUCGCAAAGCCCGUGAUGUUUGUACUCUGUUGCGAUCGCAUGUGUGUUUAAGGCUGUUCUUACAAUUCAAGCAUCGUGCUUUUUUGAUGCAACGGGCCUAAUAGUGUUUCUUGAGGUCAAUAGGUGGCGUGAGGCGUCUAUUACUCACUCAACUGACAUAUUUAAAUGCGAGCGGUUUUUCAUACAGGUCUGAUCAGCCAACAACACAGCAGCCGUCGGCGCCACAGCAACCGACUGGGCAGAAGCAACCGAGUUUUAAUAUCCCACAACCACCUAGCACUAUGACCUACGCCGAAGGGCUAUCUAAGCCAGAUCCAUACGGGUAUGAUUAAAACUAAAGCUCUUGUUUAUAAAACAGUAAAAAAUUAAACUUGUUGUCAGGAAAACCAACCACUAACAACGGCUUACGCUUUAGUUACGUGCGCUACCAGAAAUAAUAAAAAUGUCUCCUUGCAGAUCCCCCAGAGACUUGUGUUCUACGUACUUGUCAUUAUUAUUUACUUAAAAUUUUUGACUGUAAAUAUUUCAUCAUUAUAUCCAACAUAUCUAUGUCAAACCUUCCGCAAAGUCUUUUCAGAGGUAUUAUAGAUUUUUAAAAGCAGACAAAAUAUUUGCAGAAACGAACUUUAUUAUCCUGCCAAAUACUUAUCAAUUAAAUACCAUUGCACUUAGCUCCAUGCCAUUGUGACCGCUUAUGCUAUGUAAAGCUCUGGAAGUUCAAAAUAAUUGUAUGAUAUAUUCAAAGGACUUCAACAAUUUGGGACUUAAUUUUUCAAGUUGCGUGCUGUAAACACCGGCAUACAGCUAACAAUUGCAUGCAUUCAAAAUAUAUAGUAAGUAUUAAUUUAUAUAACUGGACGCUAUACGCUCAAACAAGAAACCAGUGUGCCGUUUACCUAUUAUUCUCAAGUCUUCGAUUUUGUACUUAAAGGAGCGUAUGUCAAACAAACCUACAAACGCUUAUGCUCACAAGACAAACGUUAGCGACUGAAAUUGAUGACGGAAUUAUCUGAAUAAUUUAUUUCAUCAUGACGCAAACAGAUUUUGUGAUGUUGAAAAGAACCUCGUACAAGUCAGUCUGAUAUUUUCUAGAUAAUAUAGAUGUACAGUUCAAGAGCGUGAUAAUGAGGGAACUAUAUUUAUAUUCAGUCAUUGAAUACUGUCUGUGUACUUCAGGCUUCGACUGCGAGGAUAUUUCGCCAAAGCUAUUUCUAACACGAAAAUGUAAUUUAAUGUCUCUGAGUUAAAACAGUUUCGAUUUAUCUUUGCGAAAUAAAUAUUUAAAACAAACUUAUGCACAGUGAUCAAGACGAUUGAAUCUCCUUUUAGUUUUGCAGAUAUUCGUAGUCCUAUCCACUGUAGUUACUUGUUCGGUGAUUUUAAAAACGUUAAAGAGAACAUUCCCUCAUGUUAACUUUCCAACAAAAAGAAAAUGCACAAGUUAAAUUUUGCGCCUGGGUAAAUGUUUCUGCUAUUCCGUGUAACUGAAAACAAACAAUUAUUGCUUGGGUGCUCUCAUAUUACAUGCGAAUGGCCUUCAAGUUAGCUUAAUCAAGGUUCAUUUUGUUACGUAUAAUAUAAAAUUCAGUUUCAGGGGAAGUGACCUACCCGGCUGGAGACUUUCUAUGUCAACUUCUUGGUCGCGUUUCUUUGAUCCGGCUAGGUAAUCAUGGUCGCAGGGUCCCAAGCUAUGCAACCUCUGCUCAUAGUAAUUCUGAAAAUUAACCACAAAUCUUCUAUUCGCCCUUCAUCGCUGUACACUCCGCAGUUUGUUUUCAUUCGAAACCUCAAUAACUUGCAUCCAAUCAUGUAACUCAUAUUAGAGUUGGGUGUUUCACAAACGUCUUUUUCGAACCGUAAAAGCUCUACAAUAUUUAAUCAUGGCGUCAAACACUACUGGUGAGUAUAUUCAGACAACAUGGAAGCUCAAGAAAUUCCUUGAAGACAUUUCCGAAAUUGACUCAUCAAAACAUUUCGAAACCUUUUGUUCUCCAUGUGAAAAUACUAAUAUCGUUUAGCACACUCAGCAGACAUUUUCAUUCCUAUAAGUUUUGCUUUAACACAAACAUCCAGCAUACUUGACGAUAUUUAUGCGGUCCCUGAUUGUUAGAGUUGAAUUGGACAGUAUAUUGCAACUUUGGUGCUAAUAAAAGACACCACUUUACAAAAAAGUGGUUUCAACAACGGAAGCAAGAUACUGUCUAGUUUCAGCGAGCCAUAUUAUCUGCAGCCAAAUGGUUUGAUCAAUUAAAUAUUCACAAGAAUUUUGGUUUUUCCGCGAAAGAUAAUAACUAAAGUACGCAGCGAUACGAUUAUGAGAUUUUAAUGGCCACCCAAAAGUUUUCUUUCAAAACGUUGUUUUGGGCUUCUAAUUCAACAGAAGAUUGACUUGCCGGACGCAUGGAGGAAUGUAUUUAAUUUGAAUUAUUGAAAUUUUAGCAGGUCAUUUAGUUAUGCAUGUUUUCAUAAUAACAUGAGGCAGUCAUGCAUCAGCCGGAUUUUUUACAUAAUUAAUAGAAUAUUCGGUACAUUUUCCCGUAUGCGUUUAAAACGAGCACCCAAAACAAAAUUCCUUGAUACCAACAAAUUUCAUGACAACCUAUCAGCUACACACAGGUGCAGCAAACUGAAUUUGCACGGAAGAAAUCAAUGCAAGACGGCACGCAGAUAAAUCACUAAAAAUGACUCCUCACAUAUGCACUUUGAGAAAUAAAAAGAGGAAAGGUAAGCAUGAAAAGGCGGCAUUCAAAUCGAAGGAACAGACGAUUACAAGGGUACUUUAGGGUUGACCUCGUACUCCAGAUCAUAGCACAGGUAUAAUUACGCCCAGCGCACGUAAGCUGCUUUCAAGUAACGCGAUGAUAGAGUUGGGUGUGCCCGAAACAGUACCCAAGAUGGUGUUUUGAUGUCAAAAUAAUAACCGUUAACAGGGAGGUAUUUCGAGAUAGAAGAGCCAGAGAUUUUAUUUUUCUGUUUUAAAAGCCAUUUAGACAGGUGCUCAACCAACAUGCCAGUUGUUAUCAGGUUCUUGCAAUGCAUUCGCACCCAUAGUUUCAUAUGAACUUAUACAUACAAUCCAAAGUGGCGUGCAAUGACAAGGCAUUCUUUGCCCGUGGAAUUGGAAAACUAUAGUAAAACUGCUGAAUAUGAAGUCAGCCGCCUUGUAUGUCCCUCCAAUACUGUAUCCUAAUCGCCAAUUAAUGGUCUUUUAGAUGUUGUCCCUUUUAAGGUGUAAGAAUAUUACAACACGCUCUUUCGGAACUGAUUGUUCCGUCAAUUCUGGUCGAAAGGUAUUGCCAUAAUUUUGGGUGAUGUGUUCUUGAUAGCCACGCUUGAGCACGAAUUUAUUUAGGCAGAGUAUUUCUGCAUCUAAGCUUUUGACAGCGUAAGUGUUUUUGCUUUUUGGAGGAAAAUGUACAUCAGAUUUUGUUUCCAUUUAAUUGGUAUGAAGAACAGGAAAUGUAAUUUUUGACCGCUCCAUGCAUUCCUAUGGGAGGCGGAUCGUCUUAUUAAACUGUCUUCCUGCUGAAAUAUGAGGGCGUCCAGGAAAGAUAGCACAUUUCACUGCUCCUUUACUGCAGUUGUUUUGGUUUUCUGAGGGAGACAGUUUAGGCUAAUAAUUGGGUCUUUGGCUUCUUUGUUGUCAUUGACCAUCGUUAAUAUACCAUCAACAUAUCUCCUGGAUAGUGUUUUCAUGUUCAAUUUACAUAACACAUUUUUCUAGUUGACUCAAAAAAGAUUUCAUGCCUGUUUUAAUAAGAAAUUAUCGAAAUCGGAAUUAUGUUCUGUCCGUCAAACUGUUUUAAUUCUACUCUUAUGCUAACUAAGGAACGAUGCUUUUUUGCAAGUAGGAAGGACGACUUGCAAUUGGUUUUGUUCUAUGACCUAGUUAGAAAAGUAAACGUUAUGCACAUUUAAUAUCUGAAGUUUACGGCAAACACUCUCUAGUUUGUGUUGAGCAACGUAUUUUAGUUUUUGUCAAAUAUCUUCUUCCUACAACAUAGAAAAAUUUUUUCCCAAAAAUAUUCAUGAAAAUUUAUGAACGUGUUUUUUUACUAUAAUAGUGCAGCUUAAGAAAACGUAAGGUUAUUUUGUGAAAUACGAUAAUCCUUGUUUAUAACUGUAAAGCUAGCACGUAGUAGUAAACGGUUAUGCACAGUGUUAAAAACAGGCGUUGAACCACAAAAUGAAAUCGCAGAUGGCUGCUUCUCUAUCUUACCGUAUUAUAAAAGCAGUUACAGUGCGUGACCUAUCUCAUGAAAUGUUGGCUGAAAUUCUGAAAUGCGUUUUCGAUUAAAAAGGAUUACUUGGUCGCGAUUGUGAUACUGAUUACCUUAAGGCAUAUUCUUAUAACAUUUUUGACUCGGCAGGAUGUCGGCUUUUAAAUGCACUUCUUUCCAACCUCCUGUAGAAAGCGUGGUUGGUGAAAAAUGACUAUUUAUGUAGCAUGCAUUUUUCCCAUUGAUUUUUGAUGGUCUUGGAAAUUCAAACAUAUUUUAUAGAAACCACAAACAAAAUAUGCUUUCUUUUAGUCAAUCAAUAGGAAAUCACGUCUUCUUUACAUUUAAUACUUAAGGAAGGAGAAUAAUUAGGUUUUAAAAAAGUUUUCUAAUUGCCGAAAAAUUUGGAGCCUGAUCAUUCGUUGCAUUAGCGCUUAGUGAUUACACUCUACAAGGUACAUUCGUUCCGCGUAAAGAAAAUCCCAUAUUUUUCUAUGUCCUUAAAGAGAUAUCAUACAGGGUCUAUAAAAUUUUGCAAGGGAUGCGGACCAUUUUGUACAUUUCAUGAGGAGCAGUGGUAAACGGCCAGGUACGAUGCUAUGUGAAUGGACAUAUCGCGGUCUUAAAAAGUCUCAUAAAUAGAAACUUUCUUAAAACCUAAUUAUACUCCUUCCUAAAGUAUAAAAUAUAACGAAGACGUGAUUCUCUAUUGGUUGACUAAAAGAAAGCAUAUUUUUUAUGGUUUCUAUAAAAUAUAUUUGAAUUUGCAGGACCAUCGAAAAUCAAUGGGAAAAAUGCAUGCUACUUAAGUAGUCAUCUUUUCACCGAGCACGCUUUCUACAGGAGGUUGAAAAGAAGUGCAUUUAAAAGCCAAUAUCCUGCCGGGUCUAAAAUGUUAUAAGAGUAUGCCUUAAGAUAUUCAUUAUUACAACUGCGACCAAGUAAUCCUUCCUAAUCGGAAACGCAUUUCAGAAUUUCAGCCAACAUUUCAUGAGAUAGGUCACGCACUGUAGGGAUUCGUGGAUUAGAAUCCGAAGGAGAUCAGGAAAAACCUGAUAAAAUGUGCAAGGAAAAUUAAAAAUAUAUGACAAUUUAACUGCUUUAGUUUGCACAUUGUUUGAAUGCUCCAUUAAAAGCUCUGUGCUUUCGUAUUCUGCGGACGCAGACGGCUACUGAGGACCAGGAAGUAAACUUGCUGUGACAAAAAUUGGAGCAUUGUUAUGUCGUACUUCUAGAAUAAUAUAACUGUCGGUCUCUAUGCUUUGUUUCUUCAUACAUCCGUUUUAUCACCUUCAAUUCCCCUUUUUUAUGGCUCUCGUUUUUUAAAGAGAGUACUGUCUGAGCACUAAAACAUUAUCAUUUCAUACACACACUAGUAGACCAUUCCAGCACUUCUGCUUAGUGACGAUGAGACUAAGCGCAGAGCCUGGCGUUGUGUGGAAGAUUCCGUCUAUACGUUCAACACUCACUAACGGCAAUAAUGUGUCCUAAGCAUCGGGCCACGCAGUAGAUGUGCUGGGUCAACCCGGGUAAGAAACGGCGUUUCGGAAGGCACUAUCGAGAAUGCGCACCCAUAACAAAUAAGAGGAGAGACACACUUUAUUUCUGAAGUAUCGUUCCACAAUUUUCAGCAAGAAAAGCUUCUUUUCACAUAGGAUAUAAUGAAUACGAAAGACAGAUAACACCGGAAGAUCACAUACGAUAACUGCCGAAACUGCUACUGUCCACAUCAUGAGUAAUCGCAUCAGAUUUGGCGUCCUUCAAGAUGAUCCUAGCGUAAAGGUGCAGAUGACGUAACAAUUGUAGUUGAGAUACAAAAGGUGAAAAAACAGUUCAUAAUAGGUAAAAUAAGCCAACUGAUAUACGUAUGGGAGAAAUUCCAUGUGGAUGAAGAUAAGAAAAAAAUGGCAGCUCAAUUUCAAAAACCCAUCAAUUGGGCUGCGGCAGCAAGCCCAGUUACCGGUUCACUCCGCACCAAUUCGGAUCCUUGCGUCCCUCCCACUUGUGUUGUUUUAUAAAAUUCUGACCAAUGUUGGCUGCGAGAGGUAAGUGUGGUGGCACGCCUAAAUGCUGGUUUGCGUCGCAUCAGCCAUCUUCGUGCUCCCCCGCCUCCGUUCUUACCGACCAGCUCUUGUCACAAGGCUCAGGUUAGUGAAGUAUGAGUGCGGUAGGUGCUGCGAAAGUCUACCAUCACCAUAAAGCAUUUCAUACCCAAGUUACCCCCUGAUCUCACAUUGCUGUGGGGCAUAAAGCGGACAGCAUUGUCAAAAACGAUCGAACUGUCGUAUGUGCAGCGGUAGAUAAGGGUUCAUACUUGCUUACCCUACUUCAACAAACAUCUGCUAGGUGACAAAAACGCCCUGGGAGUGGAACAGUUAUAAUCCUGUUGGACUCAUCAAUUAAUCAUCCAUCAUGAUAUUUGUUCAUGAAAAUUAACUGCUGAAGUAACGAGUUUUACACCUUUCCUAGAGCCACCGUCGCUUAAGCUCCCCAUUACUGGUUUGCGUAGAUUGAAUUUGGUCAUGUUCACGCAGCUUAUGUGGCAGUUUACUAACGUUCCAUCCUUGUGUACGCAGAACUGACUUUAACCACACUGAAAGGCCCACUGAUAAUAACCGACGUCCCCUAUGACCUUGAUGCAUUUCAGGGUUUUACGUCGGGUCUCCUGUUCGUCCUAGAUAUCUCUAGUUAUUCAACUUCAGAAAGAUAAUCACAAUUUUAUCAAAAUAUUCGGAAAAUUUUGGGGAUUUUCAACUGUUCCAUUUUUCUACACACUAAAUUAAACGCGUAUUUCUCAACGGGAACUUGCAGAUUAUUUGACCCAAAAGCUUCAGACGCCUAUUCUUUAGAAAAUCCAAACGACCAAUAUGAUAGCCCGUCAUAUUUAGCCGAACAUCAGCAGAUAUCAAAGAGAACAGUUAAAUUAUGAUGCAGCGUACUAACGUUCCAUUCAUGUGUACAAAGAACUGGUUUUAACCAGGCAUUUAUUGGCCGGGGAUUCAAUAGUAACUUCAGACUUGUUUGUAGCGGUGAUGUUUCUCAGUACGAUGGGGUAACGCUAGCCGAUCGGUCACCACACACUCUUUUAUUGUUAUGCAUAUAAUUAAAUUCUACGGGACUGAUAGAACAGCUUUUGUGCUGGGAACUUUUAUAAUGCAAUAUCGCAUACAAUCGUUAUCUUAACAUUACAGUUAUGCUCUUCAGUAUUCGUAUUGACGUAAUGCACCUUAGUCGCGAAAUUGUUUUUCUCGAAACAUCAAUGUAAUUUGUAAACCUUCAUCAAAACUGACAACCGCAUGCGCGUGUAAUGUACUUACUUGUACUUGAUACGGCUGCGAUUAUGCCUGAUCUAGCUGGCCUCGAUGAUGUCCCGAACUGUACCUCGACACGCAUGACGGUACGCGGCAGCAGACCUGGAUAGCUCAACCCAUUCUCUUCGCCAACGACGUAGACCUAAUACCGAAGGUCCAAGAACCACCUCCAUGUCUUGACGAACUGUGUCGAGCCAGGUUUUGAACUGACCCCCUCUUCGACGCCUCCAAUGGGGCAACAGUGCCGGAUCGAGGGCAGGGCUGAGCUCCUGAGGUGGAAGACGAAGGACAUGCCCGAACCACCUCAGUCAUCUUUCUUGGAUGGCCUGAGUUAUCCUUGCGAUGUUGUCGCAGCGAGCGCGGGCUGUCUCAUUUGAGACGAAGUCGGUGAACUUCACUCGAAGGAUGGUCCUCAAGCAGUGGUGGUCAAAUACCUCCAGUUUUCGCUCGUCCUCAACGCGUAAAGCCCAGCAUUCAAAACCGUAGAGAAGGACGGACCGGACAGAUGCACGGUACACGCGAAGCUUAGUGGCGAUGGAGAGGUCAUGUCGGUUCCACAGGCAUUUCCGAAUGCUUGAGAAAACCCAGCGGGCAGCAUCAAUUCGGGAGACAAUGUCGUCCUUCCUCUGUCCAAUAGGCAGCAGCCUCGCCCCGAGCUAUUUAAAACUGUCUACUUCAUCAAGUUUACAGCCAUCAAUUCCGAGGGGUACCUUCUCCUGGUCAGGGAUGCAGCUUGAAAACACUUUGGUCUUCCCAGCUUUUAUGGAUAAACCGACAGAUUUACCGACCUCGUCCACUCGUGACACCAUAGACAGCAGAUCACCAAAAUUUGAAGCAAGUAAGGCGAUAUCAUCGGCAUAGUCGAGAUCAGCCAGUCGGUGUCCGGGUGCAAACUCAACGCCGUCACUCUCUCGUAGGGCCCUCCCGAGAAUCCAGUCAAUAGCGUAGUUGAACAGAAUGGACGACAGGAUACAACCCUGUCUGGCGCCAGACCGAAUACCGAACGGUUGGGAAAGAUUGUUGCGGACCAGGACUCUCGCAGUAGUGGAGCGAUAAUAGGCCUUGAUCAUAACGAUGAUUUUUGUUGGUACUCCAUCUAGCGCUGUUAUCCGCCACAGGGGCUCACGGUGAAAGGAAUCGAAUGCAGUGGCAAAGUCAAUGAAACAUGACGGCCGCCGUCGGUUGUUGGUAGCUAUGGCGAAAUUCGAGAAUGCGCCUCAGUGUAAAUAUCUGGUUUGCGUAUCCACGUCCAGCACGAAAACCGGAUUAGUUGGGUCUCGUCCUUGAGGCGCGCACAGCCUGGAAUCGCCUGAGUAGGACAAUAGCGAAGAUCUUCGCAACAACGUCGAUAAGACUUAUGCCGCGGUUGUUCUCGCAUCUCGUCUUAUCUUCCUUCUUGAGGAUAGGUACAAUGAUGCCUAAGCCCCAGUCAUUAGGAACAACCUCGUCUCUCCACGCUCGUUCAGUCACCUCAUGGAGUCAGGGCGCCAGAGUGUCGACACAAGACUUGAAUACUUCAGCGGGUAUACCGUCCUCUCCGGGUGCCUUAUUGUUGCGCAACUUUCGUAUGGCAUCGGCGACUUCUCCUUCAGAGGGGGAGUCACAUGGCACUGCGUAGGUAGGAGAGGGAAAAAACUCCGCUGCAGAGGAGAGCAAGGGCGAGGUAGGUUGAGUAUCAAAGUUGAGAUGGUGUUCAAAGUGCUCACGCCAGCGCUCGACUUUGGCCGAGUUGUCAGCAAUAAAGCCGCCGUUCACGUCACGAACAGAGUCACUCAGUGUAGAGGGCUUACCACUAACUUGGCGGAUCAGACGGUAGAACUUUCGAAUGUCACCAACGUUCGAGGCCUGUUCCAUGGAGGUCGCUAUUUCAACCCAAUAUUGCUUCCGGUCAUCCCUGGCCGAUUUUGCCGUCAUCUUCCGAAGUUGGCGAAAGUAAUCAUCGUUGCGGGACCUAGCUCUAGCCGUCUGAGCAGAAAACUGCAGGGUUCUUCCGCUGAUCCAGUCACUGCGGCGUCGCUGGGUGUAUCGAAGGGUUUUCUCAGCUACCCCAUAGACUGAGGUCUUCAGUGACGACCACUGAUUACUGACUUCUCCAUCGGCUCGGGUAAUAAAACAGGUCCAUAUUUCUCUGCUUAGGGCCUCGGCAGUGCUGGUUUGCCGGAUUUUUGCGACAUCAAGGCGUCUAGGACGUGGCAUUUUUGGCGCGGAUGAGAGAUGAACUUUCAGGCGUGUACGGACGAGGACAUGGUCCGACCCAUGGACGUUACCAGUCUCGGCACCACGCCUCGAUCUGCUAUCGUGAACCCAGCUGCGGAACCUUUAGCUGACUAGUAUGUAGUCAAUCUGACUGGCCGUAUGACCGUCGUUUGAAUACCAGGUCAGCAGAUGUUUUUUAAGAUGCUGGAAACACGUGUUGGUGACAAGCAGUCGGUUUCGAUCAGCGAAGUUCAGCAACCUCUCACCAUUUUCACGUCGGGAGCCAAGUCCAAAGCGCCAAGAGGAUGACUGGUUGUGGGGUCUCCAGGUCCAGUUCGACCAUUCCAAUCGCCAGCAACAAUCAGCAGAUCGCGGCGAGGUAGUCUGCCAACUAACGCUUGCAACUGCGAGUAAAACGCCUCCUUAUCGCGCUGUUCAGCAGCCGAAGUUGGUGCGUACACAGAGACGAUGGAGAUGUUCGUGAAGUGACCUUUCAGUCGCACGUAAGCCAUCCGGUCGUUGACUGGUUCCCAAGCAAGCAGCGCGAGAUCCGCUUGUUGCGAUAGGGCGAUCGCCACACCGUGUCGACCAGAGGAGUCGCGAGCGCCGCUGUGGUACAAGGUAAAGCGUGAUUCAACUCCGGAAAUCUUUAUUUCACGGGAGCCUGAGUCAGGGAGUCAAACUUCGGACAGACAGCAGACAUCCACUUUGUACUGGAAAAGGCUGCGUGCUGUCAGACUUUGGGUACCGGGGUCCAGGAACGUUCGGACAUACCAGCAUCCAAUACCGAGAGUCCGUCCACGAUUGAGUAAUCCAGCUCGCAUACUAUUCGCCCGCACCACUGGAGCAGGGUUGCGGAGCGCGUCGGUUCCGGCGGACGCCGUAGCAUGGGUCGUAAUACUGUGAUCGGACAUAGUUCAUGAGGUUUCUUGGAAAUUGCGAAUACAUGCGGGUCGCCAACAGCCGUUCGGAUUGUUUGUUCGAGGUUGUCUCCUCUAGCGCUUUGGCUUAAAAGCCUAACAACAAGGCAGCGGUGGCAUGUAAACUUAAUUAAUGGCGGUUUACGGUCGCCAUGUCGCAAUGCCAUCAUAGGGUUUUGCGGCUUUUUAUAAGGCUUUCAGCGUGCCAGACAGCCCACCGCACCCUGGUAUCAAUGUCGCUGCUGGUCCGCGACUGCUUAUUCGUCAGACCUCGGUCUGCUUAUUUCGCAGCUAACCUUCACUGAAGGUCGUCCCAGUAUCCGCCACCUGUGGACGCGCCGAGUAGCCAGCAGCUAGGCUAACGGCGCGUGUAAUAAUGUCUUUACGGCCCAUAGGGUUGAUGCAAUAUUGUAAAUAGCCUAGAAAUUUUCUUAAACAUGGACAGCUCACCGCGUCUGUGGAAAGCCAACCCGGUGAGAUCCUGCUUCCACAAAAGUAAGUUGAGGCAAGCUUAUAUAUGACAACUCUUUUGCCAGAAAUUAAAGAGGAAAUAUUAACACUCGGGCGAUUUCCUCUCCUAGACGUAAAUUUAUAUUCAACGUUGCCUGUUCAGUUUUGGUUAUGUGCAACCAUGCUGUCGAAUUAUCACUUUGCUGCCAUAUUGCCUUGUUAACUUGCGAGCAUUCUUCUGGGCCAGUCAAAAACAAGAGCAUGUUACGAAGCAGUUCAGAAAAUCUCAGUUAGCCCGUCGAUAAAAAUCUUGGGGGGAUAAACCAAGUUUGACAUCGAAGUGACGUUAAGCAAACAAUCCUGAUCUAACGAAUACUAUGAAGGCAAAUUUUGCUGCUCUCGCGAACAGUGACGUGGUUGCGAGCAGUCGGGAAUAAAAAAAGUUAUGCUGGGCCAAGAAUGAAAAAGUCGAAACGAGCACUUAUGAAAUUGUUUGCAACCACCAUCCGGCUAAACCCCGACCGAUAACCGGAAAGUUCCAGAGUCUGGAAUCAAACUCUUUGACUACCAGGCAUACCACUGGACUAGUAAAAGUAGAACGUGGAUGGCAUUUACUUGCUGGUACUAUUUGUUUGCUAGUUAUAAGUCAGUUAUUAAUAUUGUACAAUCUCCUCAUGCUUUUGGCCGUGAAGAUGUCUGACGUUAUGGUUAGAAUUUUUCAUCGCGAAAACUACCCCCGCACUUCUGUUCCUACGUUUUCGCAACUUAUUUUACUUAAUCACAUCUGCCUAAUUGACGCAUUUUGUAUUGCAUGAAGUACUUUUCAAGUCAUCGGUUUUUUGUUUUUGUUCGAACGAGAAAGCAAAUCAUGUACUUUAAUUUUUGAUAAAGGGAGCAUACUUACACCAAUUCCUUCGCCUUCGAAAUGGUGCCCGUGACACAUCCUGCUACACAUCAGAGCGAGUAUGCUGUCCUGCAGUUGGCUUGCAGACUUUUUUGUUGCCGCCAUGUUUUGCGCUUAACUUUGCGUCUUGUUUAGCUCUCGUGUUCCCACUAUUGAUUAGUUAACUAUAGUAUUUCACAAUUUUCGUAACCUUUUAUCAUCACUCAACUCUUCUCUUUCGAUUUAUCGGAUGCUUUAUGUUUGUAAUAGAGGACCACCGAAAGAUAUUUAUUGUAAAAUUCCUCACUAUUGUGCUGUUAGCUUCAGACAUGCACUUUUAUUUAUGCUAAUUGCCUUUGAAAGCUUGCACGCUGUAAACUGAUAUCACACCGGCAUCUUUACCUUGCUCCCCUCUAUCUGAUAACGUAUUUCUGCUUUUCUCCUCAUUCCAUGAGGCGAAAAAUACUAAUCUAAACUUGGUUUGAUAUUUAUGCUUGAUCAUAGCUUUAUCCGAUUAUCUACUUAGCAAUGGGGCUAAAGCUAUAUGCAACUGUUGUUAUAAAAUUUAAAUUGUCCCUUUUUCAUUAGUAAAUUAAGUCAGCAAAACACCGGUUUACUUAUUUCGUGCGCAAGUACCUGGGCCAAUCCAAAGACCACAAUGAGGUAUGUCAUGUCCAGUUUUAGUGUACCGAAGACCAUAUUGAAGAACGUCGGUCGAACCUGUCGGAGUUACUGAAUGACUCAUAUGUCGGAACGGCCUAUGAAAAAUCGAUAGUUAAUACAGCUAAGGCACUUCAAAAACUUAAGACUGACGUACGGAGUAUUUUAUACUGUUGUGACUCUCUGCAUUGUUCGGGAUUUGCGUCUCGUCUACAGUGCCAGGGGCGAAAUUGUGGAUCUUCACAGAAAAUGGAAGGCGGGGACUUAAACCACAUACCUAUCUGGCGUGCUGGCUGCGUGGGCGCAAGACAGACCAAUAAAGCUGAGGUUUUAGAGAUGACAGGAUAUAAGCUGCUCCCUCCAACAAGCCAAACAUUCGGACAAAAGACCCGCUUUGAAUUAAAGAAGACACUUUUUGUCAUAGUCAACGACAAAUUUCGUUUUAGUCUGCAACGAUUCAAGAAAGAAAGCCGCAUUUAACCAUUGCCAUUAGCGCACAUUUUGGUAAAUUGUCAGUCGCCUUCUUGUUGGUUUUGUUAAUAGCAACCAGCGUGCUCAGGUCGGUGCUGAGCUCUCCAAUUUGAGCGUAAUUCCGAUUAAUUUGCCCUGCGGGUCUUAUUUGGACAGGUCGAUUGCAGCAGGCCUAGGAAUUCUUUAUUGGAGCUUUCUUAAGAGAACUGUAUGAGGACGAAGAAGGGAAACACACUGACAUAGUCUUAUCUUGUGUCUAAAUUUUUGAUCGCAAUAUGCGGCCGUUCAUUGCCUAACCUCCUUGUCCAAAGCGCAACCAACAUUAAAGUGGUCUCUAUCAUGCUUAUCCGUUUGUGCUGGCGGGAUUUCGCCUCUGUUGAAUUCAUUACCCGACCACCCAGAGGUCUCUAAUUAAGCAUCUAUACUCGUUCCGAAACAACAGCCACCACGCAAAUUGGUGUCCAACCGCGCAACUUGGCACCUCCGGGUGUGGACGUCGCAUACAACUUCCUAGCCGGGUAAGGUGUUGCUAAGGUGGUUUAGCUAAACUGCACGAAAAUUGGUGCAUCUGCCUGUUGGUCUGGUGUAUUUCUGGCAGCCACGACUCCUGUCUCGCUUUGCUGAAAAUUCAAAGUUGCCGGAAGUUGGGCCUGUGUAUCACGACGUGCGAUUUACGUCCGGUUCUCCACAAGCCUUUCUAAUAUUCUCAUCUAUUUUUCCAUUCUCCCCUCCGCCAUGGUGGCAGCCACCGAAUGGUUAAUCUGGUUUGGGGUAUGGUGUUCCACAUACAUCAUAUGGCAGUGAGGUUUCGAGUCUGUUUUUGGCCGAUUCAAACCAAAAAGACCUGAAAAGCCUACUGAUAGUAACCGAAGUCCCCUAAAAACUUUAUGUAUUUUAGGACUCUCUGUCGGGUCUCUUGUUCGUCUUGGCUCUGUCUAGUUAUUCAACUUCAGAAGGAUGGCCAAAAGUUUAUCUAACCAUUCAGAAAUUUUUGGGGAUUUUCAAGUUUCCUAUUUUUCUACACACUAACUUUAACGCAUAUUUCCCAACGGGACUUGCAGAUUAUUUGACUCAAAUGCUUCGAACGCCUAUUCUUUAGAAAAUCCAAACGAUGAGUAUGAUAAGCUGUCAUAUUUGGCCGAAUAUCAGCAGAUAUAAUGGGGGACAAUUAGUGCUAUGCAAAUGAAUAUCACUUAAUCGUCUUCCUCUCGCUUUGUUUUUCCACACGGCAAAAUAAGCCAUUUCUUAGACAGGUGCCUUCAUUCCUGACUGACAACGAUAGUACGAGUGGUAUCCAUAAACGGACACUGUUUAUUUUCAUUAAUCCGCUUAAAUAUAGUGUUUAUUAGAUAACAUGCUCUUGUUCUAACGGGUUUUUAAUUGUUCAAAAGAUUCCUCACAUUCUUUUAAACUAAUGCUGCUUAGCCCCCCGAGCGACUUUUUCGGACCUGUUCUACUUUUUGAUAACGCCUUCGCAUAAGGGGUUUCUUUGCUCUUGUGAAUAAGUCGCAUGUGGCUAGGCCAGCAAAUACAUAAGACGAAGAUGGCGUUUCUUGCCAAAGCGGAUUGAUUUUGAAUGCUGUGAUAAUGAGGCAACCAGUCCCAAGAAGUCUCAAUUCGAACUAUUUUUCACUGCUUUACUCAACCGUAUCAGCACUUGGCGAUAGAAGUGUUGAUUAUUGUGGUGCUAUAAGGAACAAGUUUAACGUGAACAACUCCUACAAUGUCUACGAAACGAACUAUCAAUAACAGAAGGCAGAAUUCGAUGUUGGCGUGUUGUUCCUUAAAGUUUAUUGUUGCAAAAUCACCGAGAGUGCUCACAGAGAGCGUCUAAUAUACCAACCAUUAUGUCAGCUGCGAUAGCUUCAUAUUAAAGUAACUUAGUCAAGUGGGCAGUUAAAGUGUUUAGUGAACUGACCUAGCGGGAUAAGCAGCACCGAUAACUCCUGCCUACAGAAAAUAAUUAUCGUUUUUUUUGAUACCCUUCUCGUACUACCCUCUUAAAGACAAAGGGCGUUAGGUGUAGGUGACGUCAAAAGUUCACUGUAACAUGAAGUAAGAAGAGGGACUGUAGGGAAGCAAGAUGGUUCUUAUGAGCGUACAAGGGAUGAAUAGUAGUAACUUGUUCGGUCAACUGCGGAGACGUUUCAUUGAAACCCCUGAAUUAAAUGAUAAGAAAAGGGAGAGUCGGUGAUUUAUAACAUUCUUACUACCUGAUAAUGAUAAUGCUCUAAUUGACUAACGAUCUAUGUAUCUUAUGUGAAUAGCAAGCAUAACUGCAUUUUUAGAGAUAAAUUUUAAAGCGGUCUUAAGUAGUUUCGCCGUGUUUAUCAUGAAGGCGAUCUGUUCAGAGGCCGUUCAGUAUAAAAUUAAACUAUUCCCAUUAAACGUCGCAAAUACACUUCUUUCUCAAACAUUUAAUCAGAGAGUAAUUUGCAUUCGUGCAAGAGAAUUAUUUGCCGAGUUAUUUGCCUAGGUCGAAACCUCCAAGGCAUCACUAAUUAGUUUUAGGCUCUAAACCCAUACAUCAAGAAUAGACCGUGACCAGUAGAUCUGCGCUUUGUGUUAGGAGAGUGCUGUGCAGAUUACGGAAGUAUACUUAAACGUCGAAAAUGAUGUUAUAAACUGAUGCAUCUAGAGUCUUUUGACACUGAACAGCAUAGAAAUAACGACUGUUAAUUUCCAUUCAAGAUCCAUUAUUCACUGCGGCUCUUUAAAUAACCAAAUCGCUUUGUUGCUAAUGGGCAGUCAUUUUAAUGAUGCUAUUUUUCUCGCAUGCUUCGCGUUCCUUACUGCCUCAUAGAUCUCAAACGGCGCCGGUUUUGAUUCAUCAUUGAACGUCUAAUUCCUUUGCCUCCCUUUUUACAGAAUCAAAAUGCUGGGGACAUAAGAACGAUGUUUGGCGAUAAUUUUAUGCGCUUAAAAAUCUUUGCUUUAUUGUAGAGAAAUCAGCCAACCUCCAGCUGAAAUGAUGAUGCCUUCACUACCCCCUCGGACUCAGACGGAUUUCGCUGUCCCUCGACUGACUCUCCGGUACUGACACGUCCAUUUACUUGGAUGAAAUUUUGUAAUCCUCUUCCUCUUUACUUUGACCUACCCUAUGUCGCAGUUGGUCAUACCUCGAACACUUAAAAAAACAAUUUAAACUUAAAGUUGUUAAGUAUGACCUGGUACAGACGAAGAAAUCGAAGCCAUGAAUAAAAAUGCAGGGCGAACACAGAUCGUUCGCAUUUGGAUUUGCCAAAAAUUGUUAUUAAGUUACAUAUUAGAAGGAGAGCUUAUGAAAUCAAUUAGGAAUGUGGUGAAUUACGUGAAGUGUUAGAAAUAACUUAAUCUUUUUAGACCGACUUAGGAUAGCAUGUCGAAUUACACAGGGUUAUCUAGUAAAACCAGUAGUCAGCAUUUGGUAAUUUCUACUAAUUUUUUAUCUUCUGUUCUUCUUGGUAUUAUGUUUAUGACUAAAAGCAAAAGGUGAGAAUAUGGCAAGAUUCCUUAAACGUAAGUUUAAAGGAAUAGCACCAAUUUACUACUUUUUCAUGAAAGCAGUCGCAGAAACCCGCUCGAGAGAAGAAAGUUAGUUUGCGAGCCGUAGUUCAGCAAUUGGUCAUUUUCGCCGGCCCAACUUGAACAGCAAAAUAUUAACACAAAGUUGGAUUCAUUCGCGAGCAUAGCUUACGCGUUGCAUCCAGGUUGACUACUGUCUUGAUCAAUAUGGCCUUGAGCAUUUAGAUACCGCCUAAUGUUAUAGGUUUUUUAAAUUCUACAUGACUAGCCUUUUGAGGAUGAGAUUUGGCAAAUGCCUGCUCAUUUUUCCUGGAUUGCGCCUCGACGCCGUGGACGUUCGGCGAUCAUCAUGUUUACAACUAAAUUCAUUUAAGCAGGACAAGCCAGAAGACACCAUUUGAAACGUUUGAUUAUGUGUAGAGCCUUUGGGCACGUUUGUGACUGAAUAUGUCGCUUGCCUGUGUAUUCAGCUGACCUGCUUGCAUAAGUACCAAAAAUACCGAAGUGUGUAUACCCCCAUUGUAGGCUUGAUUCGGACGUGAGUGAUAAUAAUUGACUUUCCAGCUUACAGCGCGCAGGUCUCUUUUGUCUGAUUUAGUAACCAUGAGUCCUUUGUAUUCUGGCCCUUUAAUUUUUCCCUUCGAAUCUGCCGGCUUGGAGCAGUUCACAUUUUAUUCUCUUCUAACUUAAUUGAAUGGUCUGCGCACGUUUCCAUAACAGGAGCUGAAUACCACAGGUUGGUAGGAAAUGACGGUGAGGGCCUACACAACGACUAUUUUAAGCUUGAAAUGUCAGAUCGGCAAACUCAUGUUUUCGGAUUUUAAGAUUACUCAUUCCUUCUAUUAUCUUAACCGGCCAGAACUUACUAUCAAGGAAGAUACUGGUAAAAUUUAUUUUGCUGGUACUUCUAACCCACCGCUUAAAUCUGCUGCCUAAAUCACCUACGCAGCGUGUUGACCAGAACUGCGAGUGACUGAAAAAGGCCUGAAAAAUCCAUAUCGCAGCCGAUUUCUCGUUUAUAAUGCUUGCCUGACCACCUGACAACCUGUUUGUGGUUCUUGCCGUCAGCUUUAGAGACAUACUGAUCUCGGAAUAAAAUAUUCCUGUGGAAGACUUAACAUUUUCCACAUAAAUGUAUGUUGUCUGACACCGCCAAUGUAAUUUUUGAGGCCGUGUCUGACGGCUCAUUUUCAUUCAAAUUUGCGCCAACGAUUGCGCAUAGAACAGCAACCGUAACUCUACAGUUUGAGUUGGGCAGUAAUUUUAAGUGCUCAGAGACACUAUAGAAAAAGAUAGACCAUUUUAUCUGUCAUUCUUCAUUUUCAAUCAUUUCUGUCCGAACUAACCGCAGGAUCAUGUUCAUAACACACAUGUUAUUGAGAAAAGACCAAUUAAAAUAAAAAUGUAAAAAAUGUAAAAAUGUAAAAAUAUGAAUGUGUACAUACCUUAUUAUUCCACAGGUUUUAUCUUUAAAUAGUUGGCAAGUAGUACUCAUUUCUUCCUAAAUUUUCCAUGGUAAAUUGACAUGGAAGGAAUUUUGAGGCACGAUCCCCCAUCACAAUUAAAAAGCAAAUAUUCAGAGUUAACCUGAAUUUGCAUUCGCAGUUUGGAUUGGGCAGAUAAACUCAAAUAUAAAUCAUCCGCUUCAACAGGAAGUCAUUCGAAUUUUUUGGAAUCCACUUUAGACUUUAAAGACUUUGCGACAAAACAUUUGGAGAACGUAGUCGCAGCUGCUUUCCUAGAGGUUAAUGUUCGAGAAAUCGUCGACGGUUUAUUUGUUAAGAUGUUUUGAUUGGAUAUUGGAACGGUAAUUUUACAAUGCGUCCUGUGUAUCCUUUCAGGGAAUUCGGAAUGGGUCCUGAACAGCCGGAAGGACAACCCUCGUUGUAAGUUUAAUAAUGGCUUUCAGCAUUAAUUAAACAGCUCAGUUCCUUCAAAGUGUAAAAAUAUUAGUUUUGAGGUUUUAACAUAAGCAAAAUGCCCUUAAUUAGGCUUUGCGAUGCCUGACGUUGAGUUUCAGAAGGCAGAUGAGACGAAGGGGCUGUGGUUAUUGAAGCAGAAAUUUUACUCGCCAAAGUUUUGGAUUCAUACUCGAAAACAUCAAUAGACACAACCGCAGAUCAGAGUGAUGACAUCCAGAGGUGCAUCGUUUAUGAGAUGCGGUUGUUCUACAGCUACACACCCAUUAAAGUUGACAAUCCUGAACUCAUUGCGGGAAAUCCUACAUGAUGCAAUGAUUGCUUACCGGUCCACACCAGGUCAAGUAUUUGUCCCAAUUUCAUUACUGGUAUCGGUUAUUUGCACGAUGCUUGCUCCGCAGUUUGGUUUGCUGCAGUAAACUGUCGUUAAUCUGCGGAGGUUAUUGGAAGAUUGCACAAAACGCGGAUGACUAAACAUGCAGUCGUUUUAAAGAUGGAUGGCUCCGGCUCUCAGGCCGCGGCUAUUUUGAAGGGACCUAGCCUCAUUUGCGGGUGGGCGAGGCCUAAGUUCUCACGUGAGGAGACGACCACGUAAGUAGAAGGCCAUACUGACCAUGGCUUUCUGCCCAGCACUUUAGUAACAAACGCACUGACCUUCCAUUUACAUAUCCACUGUUGAGACUGCCCGAAAAGUUGAUGAUCAGACGGGAGCGGGCAUAAAAAUACCGUUUACGACGACCAUAUCAGCAAAAAAAAUUGCCGAGUAGGUACCGUGUCAAUAAUUAAAACAGAGGAAUAAAGUAUAGCAAUAAAUGCGGGCAAACAAGCAAUCAUCACACCACCGACAACAAAUACGAGGCCUGACACUUAUUGCAGGUAUGUGGUAGCAACAGCAUUCUACACUCACCGCAUCGUAUGUGCACAUAUCUGUCGUAUCCACAGUUGCGUCGAGUUAUGGUUUUGCGUGAGAGUUCGACUUGUCAGACGAGUAAAACUAGUGCUGUAGUUGUUGUGGCUCCUCCUUCUUAGACCGUUCUUUAUACAGGGAAUGGUGACAUGAAGAUAUUCAGAAUUCGAAGUAAAUGCGGCUGUUUGAAGUCGACGAUGAAGUGCCUCAGACUUAACUUUAUCAGGAAUACCAUGGAAAACUUUACAUACUACAGUUUUUUGGAUUGUUGGAUUUUCUAACUUCAUGACUCGGCCUUGGCAGAAGACCAACAAGGUGCUUGUGGACACGUUUAUUAACCGCAUUGGCUGUAACGACGACUCUAAUCUAGCUACUGCUCUUAUUAGUAUGCAAAGCAGAACAAACACAUCCAGGUCGGAUGGUUGCCGGACAAACCAUAAACUGCUCCCUCAUGAAUGCUAAGACAAUCUAAUACAAGGAAAGUAACGCACGUUUGCGUACGCUCGCCAGACUGUCUUUUGGAUUCUUCAAUGGAAAUUUUCGCAACUCUAAAACAGUCCAAAGGUUCCGUGUGUUAAAGGCGCCCAAUGAGUACCCACGGUUCAACACCAAGCUUAUGGAGGCGAAAGUACGGGCUAGAUUUAUUGGAGAAUACCUCGAGCGAAACGACUGCCCGAACUCCUACUGAUGAACAAUGCUUGGAGUCGUACGGUUAUCAUCUCUGAGACUGAGAGGACACGCCCAAAAAGAACUAGAGAGCGCGCAUGUAAAGGUAGAGGAACUAAGACGUCAUAUGUGCCAGCGAGCUGUAGUAUUAGACCAACUAGGUGAAGACGAGAGGUAGGAAUUCGAAAUCUAUGUGCCUUGCAUUGCGGAAAAACGCAGGGAUAUAAAGAUGGCUUCCCUCCUUCGGAGUAUACACGAAGGUAGACCACAAUUGAAGAUCCCCGAGGACCGAAGUCGGUACAUACACAACUAUUCAUCUAUAUCCCUUGAUAAAACGUUAAUCGAAACCUUAUCGCUAAGCCCUAAGUUCUGCUGUCCUCGCCAGAAACUCAACCAGCUGCUGCUAGCGACACAGUUCGAGAAACUCAUAAAUAAAACACAUGACCUUCAGUCGGUUCCGGUAGAGAGCGCGCAACGCCUUAAGUCCGCGUUAGUCAACUGCUCUUAUCAGUAUCCUGACUGCGGCCAGAAAUGUCGAGGAUAACUGAUGAAGUCGCAUAUUGAGAAAUUAAAUUAACUCCGACAGAACAAGGGUAUCUUAAUAAAUAGGUUAGAUAAGGUAUCUGGCGUUGUUUUGAUGGACAGGGUAGACUAUCUUACAAAAAUACAGUCAAUCCUGUUGGAACAGGAAAAGUUCCGUAAGGCAUAAAAGGAGAAGGAUCGAACAGAAGAAGUUGAAGCACAUCUGACUGCUUAUGAAGAAUUCAAGCGAAUGGCUUCAUAAGCGAACACAACCUAGAGCGUCUCCGACCCGUUGGCAUGCAUAUACCUCGGUUAUAGGGCUUGCCGAAGCUCCACAAAGAGGAUACAUCGGUUCGUACAAUCAUAGACAUGAGAAAUUCGCCGUACCAUGCGGUAGCAAAAUGGCUAGGGGAGAAACUUGAGCCCAUACAGUACCAGCUAGCACAACAUGACUAUCGAGAUAGUUUUGAAGUCGUGAACGGCGUUAAAGAUCUCAACCUAAACGGAACGAUGAUGUUUUUGCUGAACAACUCGUCUAUUUUUACGAAUCUUUCGGUCACAGAAACCGUCAAAAACCUCUGUGAAUUCGUUACCUCUUAUCACCAGGAUAUAGGAAUGCCGGUUAAUGCACUCAAGGAAUUACUUCUGAGAUGUACCCUAAACGUCCAGUUCCUAUUUAACAACGGAGUAGCUAUGGGCUCGCCAUAUGCUUCUCUUUUGGCGAAAGUAUUCACGGGCAAGCAGGAAGCUUUCGGGCUCAGUCGCCGGAACAAUGGUCUAAGACACUAUGGGCACUACGUGGAUGAUAUAUUCGCGAUCGCACCUGAAUAAAACGACGUUUCAGUUCUACUGGAUGAUGUCAGUCAGGAGCAUUCAACAAUCAAAUUUACUCUAGAAGAUGAUAAAUCCGGAUCGCUCCCCCUUCUGGAUGUACCUUGGAGUAGAAGACCUGAAGGUAGUAGUCGACGUAGCGUCAAUCGUAAGAAGCCGUGGUCUAGGCAAUACACAAAUUUUGGGAAUAUCGUACCGCUAAACAUGAAGCGCGAUUUAUUCCAUUGUCUAACACAAACAGUAAGGAGGUUCUGCUCGGCUGAUAGUCCUGAGGAAGAACUUAAGAUUGUCGAAAAUCUCUUUCGAUAGAACGGGUAUCCCGAUCGAUUCAUUGCCAAAUACAUGACGGAAAGAUCACCAAAACUCCCGAUGCUGAUGGCAAAAAGGAAGACUUUCAUCGGGGUCCCAGUACAAAGAGACGCUCCAAGCGAACUUCUAAGAAGGCGUCUAACUAAAGUUAUAUCACGUACCUGUCCAGCAGCUGACGCCCGUGUGCUCUUCUCCACCAGUCUCAUCCUACGCAAGGACAAACUGCCAUCCCAGACCCCUUCAAUGUGUAUAAACUCCUUCACCUGCUCCUGUGCGGCAGACUAUAUUGGUCGCACGAGCCGGCGUUUGUUCAAAAGAAUAAGAGAACACCUUCUAGCGUGGUUAGCAAAAGCCAAAUAAAGAACGUGAACAGCUCUCUCCUCGUCCACAUGGUAGACACAGGUCACCGCGUAGAUGCCGGACUGGCAUUCCGGGUGAUUUAAAAACUCCCGUCAGGCUAUUCAAAAUCACUUGGACAACGUCUGUUAGCAACAGCACAGGUGGUUGCAAUCAUGCUAUUAAAAACCAGUUCUAUGGGUACAAAAGAACUUCGUACAGCCACCAAAGUUACCACAGGCCAAAGCCACCAUGCCAGUCACCUGCGUAUAAUUACCCCUCCCAGUGCCCGCCAUCCCCUUUUCCUCCAUGACACUGAAGGUAAUUUUGCUCUUCACCUCACCCACCCAGAACCUCCUCCAAAACCCCGCUACAGAAAAAAAUCUGUUUGCCCGCACUUUCUUUUUAAUCAUUUCGAUAGCAAUAGAAAUAUAUAGACCUGAUGAGAAUUUAUCGAGAGCUUACGUAUGCUCACCCAAUUGUCCUUUUGAAAUUAACAAAAGCCGGCACUUUUAUUCCUUUAUUGAUUUCCUAACCCUGAUACUUUUGAGCGAAGAGCAAUUAUCCUUUCGUUGAAAAACAACAUAUAAAUAGUAGGCAUAUUCGUAGAAACAUCGAAUCUGCCUUUUUGCAGACUAGCAGGCCAGGGACUUCAAAGGUGAAGGCCUGUAUCUCCUUCAAGUAAACUGAACUAAAUCAAACUGAACUGGUUAAAACUUCUGGUCGGUUAUAUGGUAAAUAAAAUGUGUUUGUAAACAAAAUGACUAAAAAUCGUACUGUCACCUCUGGCAGUUGUAUUACUAUUUGUUGCCGACAUCCCGAGAGCGUUAGCUUGCCUAACAGGCACUACUCAUGUACAUAGAUUCGGCAUGAUAAAUAAACUCCGACCAUAAGGGGGCGAGGAUGAAAUCAACUCUCCACAAAGUACUUAUUUGCUCUUCUAGGCUGUCACCUUCAAAUACUAUAUUUUGCAUACUCUCUAGACACUGUAAUAUCAAUACACAUAUUUGCGUCCCAAAUUAGGCAACUAAGCCUACGAAUACAUUUGGUGAAAUUACAACCAUAUAAUUUUCGAGAAACGAUUUCUUACUAUAAAUACAUCUAACUGGUCAUCAGAGAUCAAUUAAAAAUUCACCCAAUUCAUAGUCUACAAGACCAGACUGAUUCAUUCUUGUCUGUUUGCAUUCGGUUACAAUAUUUGUAAGUUUGUGAGCACUAUCCUUUUUGUGCAUUUUCUAUACACCCUCCAAACUUGACUUAAAUUGCCAAAAAUCAACGCGCAGACCAUUAUCAUUUCUCGUAUUAAGCUAAAGCAAAAUUCCAUUUUUAUAAAUGUGUAGUAAGCUGUUUUCAAUACCAUUUUCAAAUACUAUCGAACUGUAAUUGGAGGGGCUAACUACAGUCGUAUUACUGAAAAUGCUUUAUUUAUAUUUUAUGUACUGCUAAAAGGUACACUAACAAAUCCGAAGAUGUCGUUAAAUUCACCGUGAAACAACAAAGAAAUAGCUGCUUAUUAAGAGACCUGAUCGUCGACUCGGCUCAUCUUUUCCCUUCUCUUUCUGUUUAUCAAAAUUUUCACUUUUGUGUAAAACCGUUGAGCCUGCGUUAUGACUUGCUCUAUCCUACUAAUACUUUGACCAGUGACAUGGCUUAUCGACUAUUCUAUCGAAAUUCUUAAGUGUUAUCGGUAAAAUCUUUACUAGGCCAGUUAAAAUAUCUGCGCUACGGUGACGGGCAUCUAGCACAUAUGAAAUCUCAUAUUUUUUCCAAAGAAUUGCACUAUAUGUUUUGGUUUAUGGACGUUGAUGAUCAAAUAUCACAUAUAUGAAAUGAAUUAACUCUUGCGAUGUCUAAUCAAGCAAAUGGACUGCUGGUUACUGGAGCAUUUGCACAUCGCCACUUUUUGUUGAGUCAUACUUGAUGAAGGAGCGUUGGAGUCUCUGUCAGUUAUGGCCUUCAGUUUUGACCAUCUCCCCGAUGACCAGACACUAAAGUUCUGUUUAGCAGUCUAUCCUAAAGUAGGCUUCACCUGCGGCUUUAGGCUUUUGCGCGCGCUUAGAAAUACAUGUACUUAGAACUGCAUAUAGCCAUGCCUUCCAGCAAAAAAACGUGCGAAUUUUCAUAGACUUGACUGCUAGCUGUCUGGGCCCAAAGCGUGAAGGAGACUGACCUCUUGUUAGUUAGUGGCGCUUUACUGACCCAGCCGGGUCGUACAGUGGCACGUUUUACUCUUUGUUAAAGCUUGGCAUGUUUGACUCUGACCUCGGCACCAUAGAUCGUCUGGCUGUUGUAAAUUUAAAUGCUCGUAAUACCAAAGUAUACUCCUAACUUAAACUGGCAUAGUUUUGUCGACCCUAAGGAAUAAUGUGCAUAGGCAAAAAUUGGCAGAAGAUAUAUGCCUAUCGAUUUCUAAUUGUUAGCGCUAAGAAAAUCAUAAUAUUUUUUAAAAAUGUGAAGCUAAGCUAAACACAAAUCGACACGCAUUACCGCAGAUGAAAUUUUAUUUUGCGGUUACAUUUUUAUUUUGUUAAACUAAUAAUUUCGCAAAUUAGUAAGCGAGAGCUUUGGGAUCCAGUGCUGUCUGGAAUUUGUAGCUGGGCAUGUGAAAGAGAUGUAUCAGAAUUUCUAGUGAAGGCGAAUCUUUUGGAAGAUGAUUUUUUAUCAACGGCAACCAGCCACAUGACGUAACACAUUUCUGAGAUAUGCAAACACAUAUUCCAGGUAGAGAGUUUUCCCCUGAAUUCGUCAACUUUUCAGUCUACGUAGGGCAGGUUAUUCUAAUAUGCGUUCACCAUCGACAAAAGAUUAAAACUUCUAGUAAAUUUUUGGCCGAUCGACAAUUAACUAUCGAACCUAAAAGUAUUUCCGUAUACUAUCGUUCCUCAUGUGAUUCGUGAAUAACACUGGAUUUUAAAGUUAACUUUUGCAUGCGACUGUUAUGAAAACUAAGUUAAUAGAGAAAGCACAGGCGAAAUCAAUGGACCAGCUGAUGAGCCAUAUCCCUUGUUGUUGCUUUGCGCAGCCCCUUGGUGUUGUGUUAAGGCGUACGAAUAACAUAUUUAUGGCAGACCGACUUAUCUUUUUCGUCAACUAUACACACUACUGCUGGAUUUAGAUUUGUGCUUCGUCUAUUGUAAUUAGAAAAAAUUCCAAAUAAUCAGGCCGGAUGUUCUUGAGAAAUUGUGACUGGGCUCCAACCCUUUUAGCUGAACAUAUUCGGAGCUCACAUACCCCAUUCAAAGAAAAUUGUAAAGCCCUCGUUUAAAUCGAUUGUCUUAGAGUAUAUUUUGAAAGAUUUUUAACUCUUUUUAAAAUUUGAUUAUGCAUGUCGACAUUCCAACUUUUGAAUGCCGUAAAAGUUUUAACACCCAGGCUGCGAACGGUAGCGAUAUCAAUUUUUCGGAUUAAUUUUCGCAAUAAAAUUCCCCUUACCUUUGUUUCUGAUGAUAAUAUGUUCUCAUCUAGGCCUCAGGCCAGGGAACCCAUCACAGUGGAUACUCAACCCACCUCACGACCUACGGAUUUGCCUGCCCUCGCUAGUCCUACAUCUGUCACUUCGAGGUGGUGCCUAGCUUGAAUUAAAAACAAUUUGGCGAAUUAAACAUGCGAAAAUCCAAGAAAAAUCCUCUAUCGUAUUUCAACUUACGGUCAAACUACAAUUAACAUUUCCCAGAAUGCAUGCCAAUCUCAACUAAAUACGCAGUUCCUACUUAAGUAACAAAAGUAGCCAACAUAUUGUGUGGACCAUACACAUGUCACAGACUCGAGAAGUCUCGAAUUCGUGACAUUGCGGGUAUUAUUUUAGUGCAACCACUAUUCUUACUACUUGGUCUUCAAGGCCUCAGCGUAGACCGUUGGAGUUUUUAUCACCAAGCAGCUGUCUUACUCAAAUCGUUGAAUGCACUGUUUAAAUCCUGAGCUUUGAAGAUCAGAGACUGAUUGUUUACGACAACUUUCUUGGUCAUUCAGCUUACUGUACUUGGCUUGGCGACUCCCAUACGCCAGAGUAUUCUGGACAAGAAAAUUAGUCGAAGGGUGAAAAGUCAGUGUUCUUUGCUUAGGUCUCUUAACUCAGGUAAGGAGAGCGCUAUGUUCAUUCAGCAACAGUACAGAGACCCUCAGAGGUCGUCGAGUUUUUCAUGUUUGGGAUAGUGGAAUUAUUGAAAUUUGCUAGAAACGCCUGCAUAGUCUUUCAUCAGUUUUCAACCAAUGUUCAUCUACUGCAUUUCGAAUUAUCCUCUUUAAGAACAGUAUACGGGUCAAGCUUUUGAGUAAACGUUGGCGCCCACUGCAGACCUGUUCUAUCAACUCGAGAAAUAUCAAGAGACAAAUGCUCAAAAGUAUAUUGCUUAUAAAUUACGCAUGUGAAGCAAAUUUUUAAGUGCCUCUUCGUUCUAGAUGACUGCGUUCUAGUGAUUAAAAAGAUAAAUUACUUAAUAUUUCAAAGCACUGGACCGUCUAUGUGACCUAAUUUUAAAUCUACCUUUAAUUGAAAAAUUGUAGUUUUGCAACAACUGCGGAUUCCACCAGGUUCUUCCGACAGGUCGAAGAAAAAGCGUAAGUUUUUUGAAGAGUUGAGUAUAUAACGCGUUGAUUUUGCCAAGCACUUUUGUUAAGAAUAUGAAAGCUAUUUAACUGCGCAACGUCUUUUUCCGCUUAUUUACAACUUGAACUCUUUGCCCUAUUAAUUGAAAACAUGGAUUUAAGUAUAUUGUCAACUGCUGACGAUUGUUCGCUGGUAGAGUUUAAAAUUUUUGAGCAGUCUUCUCAUGAGAACAACAAAGUCUGCUGGUAUAUAAUGAUUUGGAGAAGCAUGCUUUGCCGUCAAGGCCCAACCCCGGGAUUGGAUAAAAUAAGUGUUUCACUCGAAUUCAGCCUUCCAUAAUGGACUUUUCUCACGUAGUUGGUGAGGUGACUGUCAAUGCGAGGCUUUGCGAGGAUGUAGAGACUUGCUUCGGAUUCCACCAAGCUCUAGAGCAAUGUCCAUCUGAUAUUCACGUUAAGUUAUGUGUUACUGUACUCAUCGAAUUUCGGAUUACGAGAACCGUAAUUUGGUUUCUACUCUUGGGUAGUAUCACGCCAGUAAUACGGUCGACCUACUUAAAACAACGACUGUCAGUUCGCGCACUUUGCAAACGAAUAUGUAUCCUCGGGUAGCCUAUUUGAUACAUGAUACUGACCGGACUUAACACUAUCUUUGGUUAAAAUGCGUCCAGCAUUUUGAUGACCAUUCCUUGUUACCGUGGUGCACGGAGUAAGGAAAAACAAUUAAUAAUGUAGUUCGGAAUGGAAGGCUGCCUGAAUUCUAGCCACACCGUGGAAUAAAGUGGUGAAGUUCGGUAUGAGACGGAGAGCGCAUCCCUCGUUCGGUUACAGGAGAAAUACGGGAAGAAAAUCAGCAAGAUGCUUAUAGAAUCAUGAAUGUCAAUAAUCAGAAUAACAUUACCGACAAAGACAAGGGAGACUGGAAUGGCCAUUUCUGGCUUAUUAGCCGUCGUCAGCCAGCCAUACCCAAGCCCGAAGUGUGGAACACCCGAGCCUCGAACUCGCGACCUGUUGGUUUAGAAGUCAACGCCUCUACUCACCGGGCCACGAGCCCGUUGCCUUGUCGGUUUUCGAUCGGGAAUAUACAGUGGUAGGGGGCGCUCACCGAUCGGGUGUUCCACACUUCGGGCUUGGGUAUGGCUGGCUGACGACGGCUAAUAAGCCAGAAAUGGCCAUUCCAGUAUCCCUUGUCUUUGUCGGUAAUGUUAUUCUGCCUAUGUAUCAUGCGCCGCUGUGCGGCUGCUGGUUGGGCUCGAGAGAGAGCUCUUAAGGCACAACGGAACGAGUGAGUUCCGUAUGAACGAUCGGUGAGCGCCCCCUACCAAUGUCAAUAAUGGUAGGCUGUGGAAAAAUCUACUCAAAAUAUUACAUUGAUUUACAAAGCUAACCUAUGCUUUCUGGACUAUUAACUCAACUCCUCCCUACACCUUAUAGAACGUUUUCGCCACAAACACAGAGGUGAAAUAUGCAGAGUGAUCCGCUGUCUGAACUAAUACCCGUUUUUUGUUUUUGAUUUUCAACUUACUUAUCGAAAUGUUUCUAUUAAUUUGCUUUAUUUAAAUUAAGUGGUGGUGGCCCUUACCCUUUUCUAUGACUGGUUACACAUUUAAGGAUAAAUUUAAGUAAACAUAUUAACUUCCUCAGUCAAUAAAAUGCAACAAGAAAGAGUAGGUAAAGAGGAAGAGGGUAUGAGGGCAAAAAGAACUCAAAUUUGGUAAAUUUGUACUAUACACGAAUAGUCAAAUUUAGCGCAGUCGUAGCUUCUUCCCGCAAAGACUAUUGCAUAAAUUUCUGGCAAGCUUUUAUGACUUACCGCGAUCGUGAAAAUAAAGACACGCUCGCUGGGACAACGGCUUUAUUAUUUUGACAUUCUGGAUUCCUGUUCGAACCCGUUAUCAGAGAUAAAAGCAGAUACAAGUGGUUCAUGCAUAAGGGACUGCAGUAUUUAUAGGAUGCAGUCGCCAUGCUACCGCAUACCUAGGAAUAUUCACGGCUCCCCCCUUCAUCAGGGAUCGUUACACUUGCUUGAUGACCGACACUCGCAUCGUUAAUUGCUUCCAUUUCAUCACGUGCGCUGGACGUUGGUGUAAUGCUUGCUCGGCCAUCUGGUCCACCGAUCCUGACAAUGGGAAAAGUGUUCACUUGUGCGGUUCCCGCGUGGCUUAUUACUCCGCCUAGACAAAGUCUCAGCAUCGAGUAUGGAAGAAAAAGUUCUUUGCACUUGUUAAUGGACUGGGGGCCAAAAACUAUAACUCAAGCAGCUCCUGGCGCAUACGGUUUUCACUUCUAGCGAGAAUUUCGGCCUCGCCAAAUGUGAAUGUGUGGCUGGAUCUCGUCGAACGGGCCACGACUUGAGAGCUGGCGUUAUUUAUCUGCACUGCUGCAGCGUAUUCGGCCAUUCCGGAUUCUGCGACGAAGUUGCUUUGUCCGCAGCCGCAGCAGAUCCGAUAAACGAUUCCAGGCGUUUCUUGCCAUGGCAGGCGGUCUUUCGGUUUCAUUACCUGACGCCUGAUAGUUGCCUCUGGUCUGUGUGCAACUCCAAGCCCAAGUGGUGCGAGAAGGCGGCCGAUAGCUUUCGAAACGCUCUUGACAUACGGAAGCGCUCGCCAAAAUUUGAUGCCCGUGCUGUUCGGCCUUUCGUCACUUUUGCGUAUGCACCAGUAGACGAGCUUGUGCGGGUAGCCAUUGGUUUCGAAAACCCGUCGGAGGUAUUGUAGUUCGAUAAUCUCGACUUCAGGCUCACUGCAGUGCGUUUCGACACCCGAUAGAGCGUCCUUACACAACUGCAUUUGUGUCUGAUUGGGUGGUUGCCGUUGAAGUUUAGUAGUUGCAUCGUAUUUGUUGCUUUCUUGAAUGCUUUGAUCUCCUAGGCCACCACAAAUUUUGUGGCAUACGAGGACAUCAGCUUAUUGUUCUCCUUCUCCUCCUCCAUCGCAAACUAUAUGUCCUGAAAGAACGCAUUCAGACUUUCCUUGAAUGGCAGCACCUGAUCCCGGUUGAUAACGAGAAGAUAUCAUCCACGCACCGGGCCCAGAACUUUAGACUGUGGUGUUGGAAAACCAGCGACUCUAACCGUUGCAGAACCACCUACGCGAUGAAUCCCGAAGUGGACAAACCCAUUGGUGUGUCCUUCAUGUAUUCGUAGAUUGUCCCGUCGAAAGCGAAUUGCAUCCUAAGACAGAACUUCAAAGGCUGAAGGAAUUUGGCACGUCCAAGACGAUUCUCCGUUUCAUCGUAUUUGCUUUUUAGAAGCAGCUCGAUUGUCUCCAUCGCCAGGUCCUGGGGAACAGAAGUAAAAAAGGAUGUAACAUCAAAAGAUACUAUGACCUCAUUUGGAUGGAGGCUAACCCCUUUGAGUUUCUCCAGGAAUUGUGCUGAUGAAGAGACCGUGGUGUCUAACUCAACGGUCAGGAACUUGAGACGGCGGAACAGCCAUUAAGCCAUGCGUCUGUCGGUCAGUGUGAGUGCACCGGAGUUUUCAAGGGCAAAAAGGAGCAUUACUUUCGCGUGCCAGCGUUUUUACACGGUUUUUUGCACAUGGGACAUAGAAUUGUCGGUCCUCAAGGCGAAUAUAGCUCUUGUCCUAGCGAUCGUGUCUCCUUCUUCACGACGUCUUUCUGGGACUUGUCUCGUUACUUAGCGCAAUUGUCGUUUUCCGCACAAAGACUUUCGCUUACACAAAAAUAACUUCGGAUCCUAAGGAGUAACUAUUUUCUAUCAAUAUUUGUUGAGAUGUCUCAUAUUAUGCGUUUGGAUUUACUAUAACAACUUAGACAUAUUAAUGUUUCAUAGUACCUCAGCCUGAACCACUGCACAUUACGUAAACCAACAAGCAUAAUUAGGGCAUACAACUAUGUGCCACUCCUUGCUCGUAAAGCGCUAUGCAAAAGUUGAUAAGAAUCAUAAGAACCAAACCAGUAUUUUGGCUCAGAAUACCCUUUUUUAGUAGAUGGGUUAGGGGCGUCAUCUAACAUGUAAAUAUUCAAGGAAACAUCGAUAUUCUGUUUGCAAUCACCUUAUAAGUAAAUUAAUUGGGCUCAAAAUUGCCUCUUUAGAAGUAUACACUUAAUCCUUUACUUACACACCGAUAGAGCAUGUUUUCUGUUUGGUAAUCAUAGAUACACUGGACAAAUAAUAUGGUUAAUGUGGAAACCGAACAUAACAUUAACCUUUAACUAUUACAGCCCAUUCUUAUUUCCUUUAAAUUUAUUUCUGUGUACGAGGGCAUUUGGUUGCAUACGGCUCACAUGCGCGCUCAUCGAGAAACCAUUUUUUCGAAUACUUUGCAAUUAGGGAAACCACAUUUUAAAAAAAUGUUGUACCCUCAAAUACAGAGGAGGUGUGCAGGGGAAGUGUCAGAGUUUAAGUAGAAACAACAUUUAAUGGCCGAUUUUUACUCCCAGCCAUCGAGUGCACUCUCAAAACCAUAUAAGAAAACAAUUUAAAUCUGUUGAAUUUUAAUUUCCUACAGAGCGGUAAAUUUCAAAUAAUUUUGAAGUCACUUUCUUAUAGUUUUAUGGAGCUUCUAGUGAUAUAAAUGUUUCAUUUUGACGUAACUUUACACUUGGUCUUAGGGAACUAAGCGAAUUAUAAGCGCCCAUGCACUUUUGGGUUACGAAACGUUUUCGUACAAAUGCACAUUUAAUUGUGUCUCGCCAGUCCCAAUGUCUAUGGAAUGAGAAAUAAUAGCUACUGGCAGUAUGAAAAGUAGGUCUUUUUGAAACUAAAAAGCUCUUUUGUUAAAUGUCCGAAAGACGACAAAUGGCGGAUCAGCCUCGAGCACCUGAGGAACCAGUGAUCAAAAUUGCUUCGGAAGCAAAUGAUAGUUCAUUACACCCCUCAAAGUAAGUAUCGGUUAACGUAAGUUUUGUUAUGGAUCUAAUACUGAUCAUUUUACAUCGCGUAAAACGAUCAUGAUUUCAUAGCCGUUAUAAUAUCUUGAAUUUCUUAGGACGACUUCUGUCUUCGGAGAAAGCGAAACCACUGUUCUUACCGGACCUAGAGUAGUUGAUGCGGAGAGCAUUUCCAGCGAUUCGUGAGUUCAUACUGUUUUAUGUGAGCUAUUAACGUUAUAACUGUUUGUCUCUGUGAGGUGAGUAGUAGCUUUAUGGCUUGUGAUUCUGUAAGCUCAAAUCCAUCCGAUCACGGACAUGGGCUUCUUAGCUCAACUUUUCUCUUAACCAUUUUACUUGUCUGUUCGGCCAGACUUGAAACACUUUUAUGACCAACAUUACCUCGAAUUUAAACUUUAUUUCAAGCAGCAUGUUCACCUCUCGAGUUAUGUCUAAAAAACUGAGAUUGUCACAAAUACUCAGAAUGGUGCGAGAGAGUAAUUAUCCACCCUCCCCUCGCUCAAGAACAAUUUUUCGCGUAAAUAUGCGUUAUGUUUUUCCAAUUGUUUCCCAGAGACUCUAACAAAUGAGUUUUUUACUUAGAUUGGAACAAAUUGAAAUUCUCUCGGUCAAAUUAGUAUUGUAAGAUAUAAUGUAAUCAUUUGCUGUGUUUGGGCUAGUAUGAAGUACCGUGAUUUUAUCGUUUGUGCAAGGAGCAUUACUACAAUUUGGAAUGUGUAGCGAUAAUCCAACUGGCAUAUUAUAGUGAAGGAUUACGCAUGAAGGCUAUUAACGGUUUAGCAUGCAUGCAUUCCAGAAUACUGUCGUUCCCUUUGCCUCAGUCCGCAGUUGUUUUUACGUUUCCGCAUAACGUAAGUAUUUGGUCACAAACGACGAAUCUCGGACAACUUUCUUAUUGCAAUGUUUAUGGGAAUUUAUUUAAAAAAGCUAGUUUCACAAAGCGGAAAACGUUUAAAAAUGAUGACAGUUUACCCUUUUUCUUACCCUUUACUUACUUGCUUUACUUAUUUGCGUACCCUUUUAUCCUUUUUAUUCGAUCAACAGGGACUUAUCUUUAACGCACGUCUGAUAGAUCCGUCCUCUAACCAAUAAGCAAAUCUUCAAAAUCUGAUGACUUUCUUAAUUUAGAGAAGACGACAACAAAGAUAACACUCCGCCAAAAAGACUGCCGAUUCGCAUGGAACAAAUGGAAAUAGAAUUAAGUCCUCCGGAGUCUCCAGAAAGGAAAGAGAAACCGACAAAAGACAGAAUAAUCAUAGCCAGGUUUGUAUUUCCUUCGCAUAUACUCCUAUUAUGCAUUAUUGCCAAGAUGUUCACCAUGUAUAACAUGGCAUUAUAAACGCCUCACUUAUUGCAAGCGCGCACUAAUGGUUUUUAGUUUUGCUUUCUUUGUGUUAAAGGUAAUCGUUUCUGAUGGCUGAUUUGAUUAUCUGACCUGAGUAGGACUUAGUUGAUUCUCACGGAUGAUACACACCCACAUUCUCAGAUGCCCAUAUAAUCGCUGUUGACAGGAAUUGACUCAUCCUUCUUCCAACGAUGGUUGCUGGUGCGCUAGGCUGGCGUGGCAGCCGGAUAGGGGGUGGCCUUUGAUCCCAACCAGCUGGUUAGGUGUUUGUGCCUAUGUGUGCGUACGUAUUAGACUAAUUAUGUGGCAGCUUUUACGCCAGCGAGCUUCUCUUCAACCAAUGGGAACGAUAAACAUAUUCGUAUAAGGUUAUGCAUAGUCUAGAGGUAUAGCCACUUGUCUUCUUGAGACGCUUGAUAAUCCGCGGUGGUAAAAACAUAACCAUAUCGACCGGUAAGUUGGGCGAUUUGUUACUGUCUCAAAAUCCGGUGUCAACGAUACUUAAUGCCUCCGUUCGUUUGAAAUUUUUAAAAACCACACUUUCCCGUACGUGGCAAAUUGUCUUUGAGUGCGUUUUAAUGUUCAUCGUUUCUAUAAUUCUGAAGUUCUUCCGUUACUGUAAGAGAACCAAAUGCAUGCCUGAAUUAAUAUUUCACGUUCUCUAAUAGUUUCCACGGAAAUGCUAUUUUGCCGAUAAUACAAAGAAUGCUUUUCGAUAAAAGAAUAAAAAGUCACUAUGGAUGUGUUGUGGUGGUAAGUAUAACUAGAGGUAUGCUUCACCUACUCAGGAUUUUGGCCUGCGAACACGCUAUGUGAGGAAAAGAGCUCAAAUAAUUGUCACUCGUGUGAGCAAAAAAGACAACUUAGGCUCACGCGGCAUAUACUACAUACGGCUUUCUAAAGAACUUGCUUAACUACCGGCAAACCAUCGCACAGAGUAGACGAAUAAAUUUACUAGGUAGACAAAAUGGUCGUCUAGGAGGCUGGGGAAUGAAGUAUUUUAUUUCCCACCAGAUACAAGUUUUUCACAUGAAAAUUUUUGAAUUCGAUGCGGACGAUUUCGCGUGUUGAAUGUUGACUGAACGUGUAUUUUCUCCUACCUUGCGUUUAUUAGAGGGUUAGCACUCAGGUUACCGAAAAUAACUCCACCCGGCAAAAUGUACUUCCAAGAGAUAAGUAGAAAAGUGUUAGGUUUCAUUCAACACUAACUCAGUCUAUGUUGGCAAGUCUGUUUUACAACUGACUGAUGACAGUGUACAAAUCCUACCUACUCAGUCUUUUUUAUCUCACCGCAUGUCUGUCUGUUCAGUAUUUAAAAAUUCAGUUCACGUGCUUUUUUAAUAAAGCAUGAAAUACGGAGCCACUGAUUUAGUCUUCUAGCGAGUCCUUAGGAUUAGGCAAUUUUUGUGCAACAAAAACCUGGACCAUGGCCUACGCUGAUGUGGUGCGAAUCACUACGCAACAAUAACCAGAGAAUCAAGGAAGAGCGAAAUCUACCAAGUGCUGUAUUUAAUGAACAUAGAUGUGUAGUGGACGACGUAAUUUAUAAAGCAUGCGUAAAAUAAGGGGAAAAUGUAACUAGGUCAAAAGCGGACCAAAUGCAUCAACAAAAUCUCGUAAAUAUUAAUAAGUCAUUUCCGGUUCAAUUUAAACGCAAAAAACAACUCAUAACAAUGGUGAAUGGGUAAAACAAUACACAUUUUCAUAUUAGGAACGGAAGCACUGUAAGCUCGAAUAUUCGUAUCAAAGGAGCAAACUUUGUUUGUAGAUGCAAUGUCUUUAGGUAAUAAAACGGCAUAAGCAAAAUAAUAUUCAAAAUCCCUUUUGUAAAUUAUUAGAAAAAGUAACCAUAAAGAGUUUGUGUAAUAUGCAUUAAGGCAGUUCGUUAAAUGCAAUUUUGCUGAUUAUGUGCCUUCAGUCAGUGACACGAGAACUAAACGCAGUUUUGCUCUCUUUCUGCACAUUUCAAAGUGCGGUUUUCACUUUUGUUUGCGACAUGGCCUUCAGAAGGAUACAUGUUCAUAAGGCUAUGUGAUGCAAGGCUAUUCAGCGCCUUAUAAAUUCUUACACGAUCAGAGGCCGCAAUCGCAAAUAUGCUAAUUUAUUUUUAUCAAGAGAUGUUUUCUUCCGUAAAACCACUCAGUGGUUGUUAGCGGCAACGAAACGACCGCUAUGUUCAUGAGCGUUUUAGAAAUUUUAUCGAUAGCCGUGCGGUUUUCAGUAUAUUCCAUCCAGCCCCAAGAACAUAAGUUCUUCAGUCUGGUUUGGUCAGAACCUUCAAUCUAAUUGGAUCUCAAGACCUUUGUCAAAGUGGUGAAUGCUCAGGCGUUCACUCUUAUGAGGAUGGCGGUUCGGAUUACGUUUGUAGCUUCGCUCAAUUGCGAAAACUAGUCGCCGCAGGCAUUUUACCUCCAUUACAGAGUUCCGUGGUUAACAUUUUCUUACUCAAGCAGCAAACCGUCUCCAACCGUUAUCUUCUUUCAAAAUUCUGUAAUGUGAUAGUUAGUUUAUGGAGGUCCAUUACCAGAAUAACCUCAAGAAAACACAUUAAAUGAUCCGAAUAAUUUGUAAUAUUUGCUAGUUUUUGUUAUCUUUCUACGGCUAUAAAUGCAUUACAGAGUUGUCGUGUAAAUACAAACAUAGUUCUUAAAAGGUUAAUCUUACGCCAGUUUUGUUUCUAUAGCAUGAAUUAGCGAAACGUAUGCCACAGAGAAAGUGUCUUAAUUUACGAUCAAGGCCUAACAUAGUCGCAUAAUUGGGCAUCUUUUGCUGUUAUUUAUGAAGUACUUGUAUAUACCUGAAAAAAACGGAUGUAAUAAAACCUAACGCUGCCCACAGGCCCGCCUGCUGCAUUUAAGUACUCAAAUUACACAACUAUACUAUCCAGGCCUUCCAAGGGAAAAAUCUGUUUUUAGUUUUUUUCGGACAAUAACGUACGUUUCUACACCGCAUUUCUUCUUACGCAUACGACUUGAAAAAUAAAGCUCCGAUUUGGUGACCGUGGUUUUAGUAAAUUGUUUUAAAUCUUAUGCCGUCUACCAGAAAAUUGAUGACAAAGGCACUACGCUUUUGAUUCUGUAUCACAAAAACACACUUUUAUAUCCGGACGACUUUUUGGAGACGCGUUAAGAGAAGAAACAAAAUGCGCAUUCGAUAGAUUCCAAGAUGCUCAUUGACGUAUUAUCUACAGUAACUAAAUUGUAUCAGGAUAUGUAGAUGUCCCCGUGUUGGAGUAUUAAUCUCUAGCAUGACGAUAAAACUACGUCAUUUAAGUAAUAUUACUGAGCUCAACUGCGUCCUUUGUCAAUAUGUGCAAGCGCCUUGCAUUUUUAAAAUAGUAAUAAUUAAGUGGUUGUCGAUCGUUGUACUUAAUAGUUGGUUGCCGGCGUAUCAUGGCAGUAGGAUUUGGCGAUAUGAGUGGUAUAGUUCUCCAUGACAUAAGAGUAUUAGCUUGUCAGAUUAUAUUUUAUUAAUUGGGUUAGCACAGCUAUUUAAUUUAGAUUGACGCAGCCACACGAGAGACCUUCACGCUGCCUGCGUAUUAUUGCUAAAUGGUCUUUGGAUAUGUUCUCGGAUCCUUAGCACAGAGUAUAUUAACGGAUAGUCAGUAUCCAGGAGAUCAUCAAAUGUGCAUUCUGCACAAGAAUAAAGUGGUGGAAAUUCUUCUAGUCCUUCAACUAGUUACUGUUUAAUGCAGUAGGCAAACUUCCGAAAUUCAUAUCUCUCAGUUAUAUCACGAAAAUUAUGGGCAGAUUAAUUUUUGCAUCUAUUACUGGCAGAGAUGGUCAACAGGUUAGCAAUACAUAAAAACUUUUAAAAAUUUGAUCUUCCUGUGUUCCAUGUCCUAUCAAACAUGGGAUUACGUUCACAAUUCAUAAAACUGAAUUUGCUGAAGCUUAUUUGAAUUCCAUAAGGGCAACGACCUGCCAUUAGACAUAGUCGUAAUUCGCGUGAAUACGGAUACCUAAUCAAAGUCGUACGUUCUACUUUUGGACGUUGUAAGGUCUUUUUGGGAAUUAUUUUGCAAAAAUAACGUAGAAAAACCGAUUAUUUGCUAGCCGAAGUUCUAAAAUGCGUCUUCAAUUAGGAACGAUUAUUUUAUUGGUGAUCAUGCGGUAUCGUCUUAAAAUUCUUAGUCCCGCCAGGAUGUCAGCAUUGAAUGCAUUCAUUGUUGACCGUUUGCGAAAAUCGCAGCCGGCAUGCAGCAAAUGCUAGAGAACUUUAAUGUUUCCUUUGAGGAGGUGAUAUCAAUUCUCGCGGACUCCAGCUGAGUAAAAUACCGGUUUGAGUGCAUGCAUUUUGGCACACGAUCGUUACCCUUUUUAGCGUUGAUACAGCCGAUUCUUUUUCACAACUUUCAGCUCGUCAACAACAAAAGAAUUAUUAGGUGUAAAUAAUAUUUCCUAUGCAAUUAUAGGUCAGGUGAAAGAGAUCCAAUUAAUAUGAACCGAAAAGGAAUUCAACAGAGUCGAAGCCAAACAAAGCUUCAAAAAAUUGGGUGAGUAACAUUUUGAUAAAUAGGCGUUUGUGGUAUAGACCUCAGUACAAAACUCAUUUCAAACUGGACGUUUGCGUUUAACAAUCAAGGGUUUAAGUGGAAGAAUGUCGCAAUUAGGUUCUCGAGAAAGAUUACUUCACCUUCAUAGCACUCUAAUUGGUAUACAUCUCCUAUCUCAGUUUCCUAAGUUGGUAACACUAAAUCGCAUGGGAAAGUACCUGAGUUUCUCAUAUUCGUGUAACUCAUGAAAUAUGUAAUGUCUGGUUGUGUACUGGAGCUUUCUAUCGAUUUUAUUGUUGCCAGUAGUUCGUUCCUAACUCCCUUGAUGCGGAGAGUAGCUCAAAAUGCUAAUUCUGUUGGCUGAUUCCCCUUCCGUAAGCUCACCUCACACGAUAGGGCUUUUCGUCAAAUAAACAAUCCAUCUAGAUAGAGAAGGGGCUGCGCUGCGUCACCGUGAGGCCAAAAAGCAAGUCCACAUAGAUCGUGCUUGAAAAAAUAUUUUUGCAGUUGCUGAUAGUUUAAAUACACUGUUGUGCAGACGAUAAGAAUACCUGCUUGCGUAAAAUACGCGCAGGGUGGGUACAUAUGCAAGUGGUAUUACUUAGUAAAGGUUUUAUUACAACUUUAAGACUCCGGCCAUGUUACAUUCAUUUUUUUGGAAAAAAUGCAAUUCUUAGAACUAUGAGUGGGAGAUUAAAAUGUACAAACGUCUGUCUUAAUUAAAGGUUUGAUCGCCUUUGAUUUAAGAACCACAAGACUACAUAAAAGGUAGUUUUUGUCAGAUCAAACACUACAACCAUGGUAGGCUCGCCACCAACAGGACUAAUAUUGCGCGAUAUAAGAGAAUGACUGACGAACGUGCUUACUGAACAUUGUGCGCUUUUAUGGAGGACAUCAAUGAAAUCCGUUUACUGCUAUGUCAGAUAACUGUUUUUAACUCGCAGAAUAACUGCCACUUUGAUAAUGCUCUCUGAAAAAUAGCACCGAUUAGUGGACGCCGGAAUGGACAUUCCUGGCCUAUUGUCAUCGUCAGAUAAUCAGGUUAGGCAGACCCGAGGGCCAAGACCGGUGCCUUUAGCAAUAAGCUAUUGCUUCGACAACAUUAAAGUUCCCAGGACUGCCCCGUUUUGGUAAGCAGUGGUCUGUCUUCCCCGUUUCAUCGUCAAAUGAACCCCGGAACACUUUCUUGCCUAUUGAACUAACUUUACAUCUCCUGUGUGUGUACAGAGACGUGGCCACCUACAGUGCAUUUGCGUUGUCUUACAGGCAUCCGGGAAGACAGGAUAGUUACACUUGGGAGCAGAACAACGAAACUAUUCGCAUGGUUUCGGGAACCUCCCCGAUCUCCGUGUAAGCGCCUAAUUGUGUGUCGCGGUCAAAAUUGCCACAAAUGCGCACAAUCAUUCACGCAUGCCUAUACACACUCUUCUAAUGUAAACUAUGAAAGAUGGAAGAUAGUGGAGACUGUAAACUUACCCAUGACUGCAUUUUUGACCGUCCAAAUACUGUUGCUUACAGCUUCUCGCAGCCGCACUUAUGCACUUGAUGUCAUAGCUGAAUCCAACUGCACUGUUUAUAGCACAAGAAAUUAACGCAUUACACAAUACUGCUUGUCGAAAUUUAACAGUUUUAUUUCCGCUCGAUGCCUGAAAGUCAGCUCUUUGCCCAUUGCUUGAGCAUGGGACUUUUGUGUUUGUGUGUGUGUGUGAGACGUAUCGAGCUCCUCUUUAGUGCACAGAGGUUGCAGGGGAGUUUGAUGACUCGAGCUCCUUCAAUGUAACAACCAGUGGUAAAUCACUGGACACGAUGACCUUCAGAAAAUCUAAAUCGGAAUAAUUUGGGCCAUUCUAAUGGAGGUACGAAAGUCCACAUUUUUGCAAAAACAUUUUUAUCGUCUUGUCAUAAGAAUGUCUACAUACAGGAGUGCAUUCAACAAAACCGGACAGCGCGGGAGUAGCUAGCACUUUCUUGGUGGAGUUUGGCCCAUAAGAGAUUUAUUUAAAGUGAGUAUGCAAUACGUUGAUGCAUUUAUUAGGAUUUCGCUGUGAUCUCACUUUGCUAUUAACGCAUUUGUUAAGCCACAUGGUCUGAGUAAGCGACGAUUUGAAACUGAGCUCAUGGUAGAUCCUUCGUUAAUUUAGCUAUAUCUAGCAGUGACUGGUCUUGACAAAUUUUCGUAAUUCAGUCUGUCAGUGAAAGGCGUUUAGCGGUAGACGGUUUCAUCUGGAAUGAGCUCGAGCAUGCCCAACCGACUGACAGAACAAGCCAGCUAUGUAAGCAAAACGAUAGUGUCACUUAAGGAAUGGUGAUGUAAUAGGAGUAAGGUUUCUAACAGGACAACAAAAAAACUUGCCUAUGUGGAUGAUGCGACUAACAACCGACUAUGUUAAGUUUGUUUAUGAAUUAAUCUAAAAUAGAUCUUGUGCCAUAAAGAAAUUUUAUCGAACAUAUCAAAUAUUCCUUGCCCUGCUGGCCUGUCCGCCGAAUUACGCUGUGGGCUUACGCUUCUUAACGAAAAAUCGAGGCCAAAAUUUGUCAGUCAUUAUACCCUAAGAGCUUGAGGAUCCCCAGUCUAUUGUUGCAUCUAUGUAUUUGUUUAUGUAGACUGGUUGGUUUCCUGAUUCACUAAGUCCACGUGUUGAGUUUUCAUGCCGAUUCCAAAGUCACCGUUUGGUACGGUAACGUAGGAGUCUGUCUACUUCCUACUCUCGCGCUCACUAUCGGUUCCAAUCGUCAAACGUCGUCUGUAAAUCCAGUCUUUUUGAGGACACGUCCGGUGUGGACGCUUGAGCCAAACGAAACUUGUAGAUGUUGUUUGACUGAUUAUUUUUCGUUUAACAGGAAGAUGUGAAUUUAAAGGAGAUAUGAAACAAUCGAAGCCUUUUAUUAUCGGCCACGUAGUAAUGCCUCAGCUUUGCAGUCGGUAUCUUUGAUCACUCACCAGAAUAUGUCGAUUUGGAACCCCGUUAUACCGCCACACUGCCAUACGCAUUGAUAUCUAAGCAUUCUAUUUGAAACAUUCUGACCGACCACAUUAGUGUGCCUGAUUUCAAGCUUCACAGAUUGAAAUUUUGACUCCAGCUUACCGCCUUCUGUGUGCCGUCUAAUUCACUUGCAAGGCAGAACGUGAUAAUAGCAGCUGCUUUUGCAUCAUGUCUAACUAUUAACUCGUCUAUGCCACCCAGUUUAUGAUUCCCCUAAGCUGUAAAUACGACAAAGUACCUCACCCGGUUUUUCAUUUAGUGCACUUUUCAGUCCAGAGGAAUCUUUAGCCUCUUCUCCGAACGAGCUUCAGGAGCAAAGACUGUGAGUAGUGAAUGAUGCUUACUAGACUGAUGGGAUGAUGUUUAUUAAUUGGUUUUGCGUUUUGUUCCGCAAACGGCUGUUUUCAGCCACUAUUCGUUUUGUCUGUGAUUUGACCUGUGGCCAUUCUGAUCUUUACUGGUACCUCUGAGUUAACGUAAAGUGCCCCGUUUUUAAAUGACCUGACUAUUUUGCGAUAAUGACCAAGGCAUUAUAAUAAUUGCUGCUUGAAGCGGAAAACCUAUUAUUAAUUACCGCAUUUUCUCCCUUCCAUCUCUUUUGAUUUUCCAUACUCUCUAGCUUUUGAAUACUUAAUUUAAACACGACCUUAAAGGGAUCCUUAGCAGCAACUUUUCUCUGGCAAAUAAACCAGUUACUCUGCUCAUCUCUUAACUCUGACUUGCCGGAAAUACAGGUUUAGGACCAGGCCCAUGCUUAAGCAUAUUUUGUGACUGACCACAAUUGUUAUCUUCUCAUCUAUUUCCUACUGGAACAGUUUGCCCUCCAUUGUAUGCCUUUACUUUACGUAAGAAUAUUUCAGUCAUGUUUGUAGGUGCACAUUAAUCCGCAAAAAUCUAAACAUCCGUCUUCAUUACAUAUCAAGGACAGUUUUGCAGUGCAACCUGUCCUACCAUGUCAAGGUUACUAAACUUUCCUACAGAAAUUAGCGGCAUGAGACACCCCGUAGUUUAUUAACCUGACAUAUCGGCGGAGCUCGUUAAUAAACUUACCAAUAAUGGAUAUAGCACCAAUGGUAGAAGACCUCAAAGCAAGCUACAUAUGUCUUAGUAAAUACCGGAGAAAACACACUGAGCAGGGAAAAAAUGCCCGGCCAUUGAAAAAUAUCUCCAUACGCGCCUUGCGUUACGUCGAUAAUUCUAAUUUAUAGUAAGAUGCGUGCAAUCCCCGAGAGGUCUUCCUUGCUCUGAGGUUUUGUAAAACAGUUUCCUCUCUUUACAAACCAUGCUGAUGGGACCGUUCUGUCACUUUUUAUUUAAUUUUGCUUAAUAAUGCCAGUUAAAGAGGCUUUCUUUUAGAUAACAUCGGGCAUCCAGUGCACUUACUCUCGUUAUCCAAAUGAAAGGACUUUAGGAAAAAUAAAUUAAAUCCCGUGAUAUGUCCUUGAAAAUACACACUCCAGUAUACGUAUGUAAUUGGGGCAUAAGCUGCUACCAGAUUUCUACAGUGUCGAAUUUCGGCUAGCUUUUGAUAAUACUUUAAAGUAGGCUUUGGAUUCUUAAAAGCCACAGGAUCUGUUUCAUAAGAUAAUGUGGAAAGCAAGGCAUUAAUUGUAUUUGUAACCCAUAACACUAGUAUUUUUCAUGCCAGCAAUUAUCGACUGUUUUUUGUUAAGACGGACAACAAGCAAAGGGUAUUCCCGAGCUAUUUACUCGCGAACCGAAAGGCGAAUGGAUAGACAAAUGGAGCACCAACAAAACAGGUAAAUACACACCACAUUUUCCGCGCAUGUUGUUAACUUGUCUACUUACGUUUUCUGUAUGCUAACCAGAAAAUUUGUAAUUGUUCAUUUCUGCACUGAUCGCACUGCCUUUAACCCACUUCAAACGGAAUUUGGUUUGCGGCACAGUUUCACUAAUUCUCCCUGUGCGAGACUUGCUUCCGCGAAAUUUAUCGGUGCUCAGAGACUUAUCAGGGUUAUUAGCCUAUAAUAAUCGUUAUCAUAUGGAAACCUCGGGCGCAAUUCACCGAACAUCAAUUUCCACAUGAGUUAAGGCGUUUGACGUUAUACUGAUAAAGGACGAAAGAACUAUGUAAAAUAUUUCAGAUGGAGGAAACAAUUAGGUCAUUUACCCUUUGGACCGAGUUACGAUGAAAUUGGAUUAGGAACCGAAAUUUAGAUUGACCUGAUCUUUAGGUCAAAUAAUAAUAUAUGCAUAAACCACUCGUUCUUUUCUAACCGCUAAAUAAAAAGCGCUGGCUGCCUGCAUACUUUGAGAAUGUGGCGCCAGUCCACUGCGAAACCGACUUUUACUGUUUGCUCUCUGGUGAAGCUUAUCAGAGCUUUUGCUCACAUCUUUAGAUUGGUCACAUAUGAUUUUAUGGAGGGGCAAAAAUGCUUCCUUGUCUUCUAUUAUCUUCUGCUCAGUGGAUAUUUACAGACCCCCAACUCCCGGCUACGGUAUCAGCACCUAUUAUAAGAUUUGGCUGAAAAUAGAUGUAUCCGCUUCAAAUGGCUACGACGGGCCUUUUACAUCUAUUUUUCUAACUAUAGAGACAUCAUUCAUGCCCGAAAAACCAUUCUAACCCCGCCGUUGCCUCACCAAUAGGCCAUUGAUUAUUUUUAAAACCUAAACAAUGGAAUCGUAAAGUUUCGUCGAAUUAUAGCUGUGCAAGUUGCCGAAGAGCAAUCAGCAUCCCGCUGUAGUGUCCCAUGUAGCAGGCAGAAAUAAGACUCAUCCGCUUUACUUCACGCAAGAAGUAUUAUCAAUAGAUUGAUAAUCUUAAUUUCAGGCUCAGCUUUGCGCGCUAUCCUGUCUUUAAUUCGGACCUAGAACAGAAAAAAAGGUGUUGUUGGAAAUGCGUGUCUAUAUCCACAUUGUCAGCGCAGAUUCACACUGCUAAACCAUUGUCAGCGCAUUUCCCUGAUCUAUUUUAUUCAAGUAUCUAAAAGUUUAGUCGGCUAACCAUUCCAUUGUACAUCCAUGGUUAUCCAGAAAUGUAGAUCUGGCCAAUUGUUCUUACUCAGAGGCUACGACGGACCGUUUUCAGACUCCUUGAUCAGUAUUAAUUGCGUCUGUCUCAGACUUCUUUGCACAGUUGUUACGAAUACUAUAGUGAUCGGGGCUUGUCAGACUGAGCGGUAUCUCCAUCAUAUGUGAAAGGAUGUGUGUUAUCGAAAUUUCCGAAUCCCUCCAUCCCUUCAGUAUCCCCGUCAUAAUCACUUGGCCUAAACCCUCCAUCACCGCUCAUCCAAGUGUGGCAGUUUUCGCCUCUGUGUGGCCAGUAGCACACGGUGUGUUUGAUCAACAACCAAUUUUAAAGUGCAUUUUUGCCUGUUUCAAGGACCCGCGAGGAGUCGCAGGAACGCGUUCUCUAUGCGGUCACUCCACACGACUGCGUAGUCUCCAAGAAUACCUAUGCAAAGUAAUUUUCUCGGUCCUACUUUUUCCUGUCUGUGCCCUCACUGGAUGGCCGUAGUUAUUACGCACGCCACCAAACACUUUACUUUCGUUCACUCCCAUUUGGCCUCAGUUUUCACGCCAUGGUCCACCUCAGGUCUUCAGUGAUCCUAACGGCACAGCAGCGUGCAUUUUAACCCCGGCCUAAAACGAGCGAGUUUACCGCACGGGACGCGAAAGACUGCACUUAAAAAACCGCGCACAAACAGUGCUUUGUCUUCUUCUGGUUUCACGGAAUGAAAAAACUGUAGUCUCUAAAAAGACACUUUGGUCAAGUGUUUUAAAGGAUUCGUACCUAAGCUCGCUAAACAUAGUACUGUCCGACUGUACUUAGUCCUCUCUAACUGGUCGGUCCUAAUGUUUGUGAUCAUGUAAAACAGUCAUUGUACAUUUCGGACAAAAGAGAAAGCUGCCUGCUCAUAUGUCUCGGGGAGAAUAUUUUUAAAAAGUUUGUUUGCUGUGAAUCUGUGCGAUAGGUGACGCGUGGCUUCACAUGAUUGUGCUAAGCAGUUCCAGUAUCACGCACAAACAACUGCACAUUUCAUGUGACUAUUUAAGCUUGCAUUUAUUUGUGCUUGAGUGUUACCCAGUCGUCCAACGGACUGCAUUUACUCCCUGCUGUGCAAAUUAGUUCCCUGGAAAAACGAAUGCGCUGUUGACCGCAGGCGCCAUUAAACCUCGAAUUUCAUAACAUCACCUUCUGUUGAGUUGAUGUAGAAUGAAGUUUUAUUUCGAAAAGCAAUCCCUUAAAGCAUAUCACUAGGGCCAGAGCACAAUGAACUAAAGUAAUAUUGGUGAUUUGCAUGUGUAGCUAUUUUCCGGUAAGUUGCAAGCUUUUCUUCUUCGCCAUGAUGUAGUUCUGAAGAUAAUAAAAUUAUUAAAUUAUUAUUAUUUAACUCGUUGCCCGCUUGAUAAUAUCUAGGCGCCUGACAAAGCUAUAGCCAACUUAUGAAAUAUCUAAUAUGUCGGAUGAAACAAAAUUUUACAUUUUUAACUAAUGGUUCAAAUUUGUGAUCGGACAUUGUCAUGAACAUAAGUUAGACACCUUCAAUUUAGUAACUGCUGGUACACCCUGUUGACUACAGGACAUUACUUUCUCAGUGUGAAAGUCCUCUGGAUUAAGAACUUGUACUGGAUAACUUUGGAUGUGCACACCACCGAACAGUUACUACGACGUUUGGUAACAACUUUUUAAUCAAGAGAAAGCUUUUACCAAUUAAGGGCCAUCAGGUUACCCCACUAAGCAACUGUCGUUGGUUCUAGAGAUUUAAUCUGUGUAGUACGUCAAACACCGACUAUAAACUUGGAUGUUUUCCACUCACUAAAGAUAUGCGAACCAAUUGACUAGGGGACGAAUGUUGAUUUGUGUUCAUUUCACUUACCACUGGUGUGUCAAGCUAUCCAAGCAAUAAGGCUCGCGUGUGGAGCAAUGACUGAGUAGUCAAUUUUAUAUAGUCUGGUAUCUUUUGAGUCUGCUUCAAUAAUUACUCUUAAAUGGUGCAAUAAUCAACAAUGAGGGUGUCUACUUUCCCUUUUCAAGGCGUAGGUAAUGUUGGGCAACCAUACUGAGUCAUAAUAACAGUUUAUACUUAAUUGAUGUUUCCUUGUCGAGUGCUCCGUUAGGUAUAUGUAAUGUUUUCGCGUUGUGUUAAUUUGUCUUGUUUUGACGUUUUCUAGUCUAAAGUAGAGGUUAAAAAUGUGAAGCUAUUACUAUUUUCAUAAGUAAAUAGAGCAACCUAUGAGUUUCAAAAUAUCCUACUCUAUGAUUUUAACCAGCCAAUAUAUUUUUCUUUACGGAAUGCACUAAAUUUAUCAAUAAUAAAACAGCGAAUAAUUUUCAGUUAAUCUUAUGAAAUACGUGUGAUGCAUUUCGACAGUGUUUACAGCCGAGACUCGACUGACUCCGACUUCUCCCUUGACUACAGGCGCCAAACAACAAUGUACGUUUUUGUUCACGGUCAGAGCAAUUUAGUCGUUACACAGUGAACACAAGAUCACGAUCUUUCCUAAAAACUUAUUUGAGUUCGUAGAAAUUUACGAUGCACUUUAUUUCUUAUAUAUUUACUUUGCUAGAUGGCUUGAUAAAUCAGUAAAAAUUGAGGAAUAACUAUGAUUAAAUAAAACUGUCUUAAGAUGAAUUAAAAUUUCACUCAGAAUGCCAAAGUGACCGUGAGUAAUAAUAAUCUGAUUAUCACCUGGCAUAUGGCUAAAUGACUGUAGCUCAACAGAAUCCUGGCUGACAAAAGCAAAUGCCCCAUUUACCGAAGAUUUCAAUCAUGGAUUUGUGUUGUUUGGGAAUGGAAGAUGGAAGCAUUAUCACUUUUUCGUCGGUUAAUACUCUAACAGAAAAAACUAACACUGUGAGGUACACUAAAGAUUUUGAAUGUAGAGUUUAAAAGAUAUUAAUCGCCUGCUAUAAGAUUAAGCCAACCUCUCUCAAGACCUAACUUAAUUGUUGUGAUGUCCCAAGACAGAUCUAUGACGGACGUGUCUUAAUUAACUGCGUUGGAUGAAAACGCGGUUAUCUGAUACCCUACAAUAAGGAGUUUAUUGCAAGGGCAGCUUUAGUUAGAACACGUUAAGUUGUUUUCUCAUUACGACGAUUUGCCGUAGCUUGAAAAACCGCAGCAGUAGACGCGGAUACCGUGUUCUACAAAACUGGUGAGCGGGCCUAAAUUUUGCAUAUAUAUGGAAAAAAUAUGUAUUACUGAAUUCCUAAGUAUCUCACUCUCCUCUCUGUCUCAACAAGACGAACAGAAGCGAUAUAAGUCUGCUCCACAUGCCUGCUAUCAAGAGGUGCAUACUUUCUGAAAAAGGCUAAGUGGUUAACUAUGACAAACUAACCGAUUAAACACCAGAAGCCUAGUUUCGGCUUACAAUUUUGCAGUAGUUUACUAGUAGGAGAUGGACUAGUAAAUAAGCCUUUUCGAACCUGAGUGAUCUACGUAUGGUCUUCUGUGAGUUAUUUCGCACUAUCAACACUGUGUACAUCUCCUCGUUUUGGAGCACCAAUAUAAAAAUCCUCAUUUUAUUGGAUCUUCCUCAGAUUAUAAAUAUUUCAUCUAGGCCCUAGGCUACAUUUUACUUAGAAAGUUACAUCGUUACCUUUUACCUUCUCGUUCUUUUGGAUAAACUGCACUUUUAUCUCAUCUAUCUGUCUUGAGUGAUUUUACAAAUCUUCAGGAAACCAGUUUCUAUUGUACGGGCAGAUCACCAUUCAAGUCGUUCAUCUUCUCGAGGAGAGUUAGUGUAAGUUAGAGUGGCCUUACUGUUUAGUUUCAUACAUUUCUUCCGUGCACGCGGUACCAUGAAAUAAGCACGUGCAAAUUUUGAAGUCGGAGCUCCUAACUUUGCGAUAAUAUCAUAAUUAGCACAAUGUCUGGACACAUUCGUCUCCUAUGACGUUAUAACAAGGCCGAACAAACUGAUAUUAACUGGAGAGGACCAGCUUUUAGUGUGGGUUCGGCUUUUCCAAGAUAUUUGUGCACAGUAGAUCGUAAGCGCUUGUGUAAGGAGACUGCGACCUCCCCUAUUUACCUGGUGAAUACUUCGUUUCGCCUUGACCUACCCUGCUCUCCUGUUUGAGCGGCUAACAGUUAACGCUUCAGCCAAGGUUUAUUAUUUUUAUCCACCUUGGGGAAGGUUUCUGCAAAUUGCCCUGAUAGUAGUGAUGGGGACGAAAGUCAUAAUUUGUUAAAAUUUAUGCCAGUCAAUUUUUUGUGUGAUGCAACACUUUUAAAACUUAUAAAUGAGGUAGGUAGCAGUGUCCCAAUUUCUGUGGGCUACAAAAAUGAUGAACUUACAAAGAUGCGCCGCAGACGUUUGGAAUGUGCUUCUUUGAGAAUCCUCCGGGAUCUACCAUCUACAAUUAGAUGGACCACUUAAUAAAGAGUCUGUAUGAACAUUAGGUAUAAGAUAAUAUUGCGUUCCAAUUACUGGUUUACCCGGCUAUUUCUACUACUAACACUACACAUAUGCCUUGCUUAGUGCAAAGUUUAGCAAACGCAUCCCUUCUUAUGCGAACAUGUGAAUGUGGUUUUUAAUCAGCACGGAUUUCGUCCUCGGCGGCAGAAUCGGUACUUUUUUAAAGCACCCUCGUACUGAAUUGGCAUAGAACCAUUAGGGAAAAACAAUGAUGACACGUAGGCUAGCGGUUCUGGUGAUGCAAGGACACGGAGUUUCCCAACGGCAGUUACCAAAGGAAAAUCUUUUUUAUUCAGAAGUGAGAGGAACUGGUCUGUAGCUUUGCUGACAUAUUUUGUAAAAAUGUUUGGUGCAAAGUGUCUAAGUCUGUUCAAUUUCACUGGAGCUUAACACUAUGUGUAAACCGUUUAUAUUAAAUCUAUCAAAUCCAGUGAUGUGGCCCCCUAGUGUACGUGGGUGACAAAUAGAACAAUUAAGGAUAAGAGCCAUACCCACAAUGUUCUGUCCAGGAAAGCUGCUGAAAGUUCAGUGAAUAACUUAGAAGGUGGUUACGCUCGACUGUACAUCUGCAGUAAUAUCAAAACGAAUAAUAAAUUAUAAGGUGGCCUAUCGUUGAUCCAAAUCACCUCGCAGCCCUUUCAUACAAAUGUAGAAAUUCGACUUCCAGCCAGGACCUGACUUACGUACUGCCGUUUCCUAGGUGUAUGUUUCAAUCCGUCUAUGUGAAUCAGGCAUUUUAAAUACAAGGCCGUAAAAUAAAAUAUGUAUAUAUAAUCAUGAAAACGUGUGCAGCAUCCAGUUUUGAACCUCCUGUCUCGGGACGCCUACAGUUGCAUAAUUUCUCAACUAUUUUUUCAUGUUUUCUUGAAAUAUAGGUUAAGUCCGAGCUUAAGACAUCAACGAAGAUCCAGAUCGCAAUCGCCAGUUAGGAGACAGUCGCAAUCGCCUCAAAGGCAACCUGUGUUCAAGUACGCAUUAUGUUUUGUUUCUAUCACUUUAAGAUGUACCUUGACACUGCAGCGGACGUAUUUUAAACGACUUAGUAUCAGACUUUCUGUUUGGGAUUAUGGUGCUAGUUUAAAACUUGGUGCGCAACUAUUAUUUAGCCCUUAUAAUGAGACGCGCCUUAUAAACCGAAAAAGUUGGGUUUAUAAUAAAUUUCUUUGUUUUAGUACGCCAUAUCUUGAAAUAGCAGUAAAAAUGCAACUAUCUGAUGACACGUCGAAACAAAAACGAAUGUCCGUCAGGAGAGAUAAAAUAACUGCUCGAAGCGUCAGACUUUAUAUAAACCUCUCUUGUUGAAUGGCUAUGUUUAUUUUGACAUCGUGCUUUGUUGACAUGAGAUAGGUAACUAAAAUGCCACAUUAAGUCUCCUCUGUCCCUUUUCAGUCUAUUCAAUUAUUUUUAACUAACAAAGCUAGAAUCAUCUUCAAAUAACACGAUUGACGAGGACUAAAGCUUCAACAUCGUACACGAAAAUUAUCUCUUUAAACGCCGAAGCAUCCUAUCAAACGAAGUGUUUGAGACAGUAAUUAAUCCGACAAACCAGAACACUGAUUAUUUAUCUCAUCGUAUAAAAACCCUGCUCUUUGAUUCUGUUACUAUACUAUUGGGUGUCAUCCAGGGUGGUCGUGAAAGGACCGGCGACCCAGGUUCCCAUCCCCCUGGAGGACACUUCAGAUUCAAGGUAACUGGGAUUAGUGAGCAUUCUUGCUGUCAUUGCGAACAGUCGCUUGCCUUUUCUGUCUAUUUGGCUUCACAUAUUUUACUGAGGUGUUUACGUUGGGCUUCCUCUCUGACCAACUUUAUUUUGGAGAGUUUUUGUAACAACCUACACUUGGCAGUGUACUUCCUGCCCCGUUACUUUGUGGCUGGACAAAAGUGUAUUAUGAAUUUAGCUAUUUAGUCAUGAACGAUCGCGAGUUGCCGAACAUGAGAGCAAGUAGCACAUCAUUCAAAGCGUAAAGUGAUCACAUUGCUCAUGCACUGAUCGUGCAUUUUUCGCACGUUUUGCGGUUCUACUUUCCUGUUUGACAAGUACCACUGAUUGACGGUCACUCGGGUGUCCGACAUAAGUAAUACGACUCUACCAUCGAUAGGCAAACUAAGGCAAAAGAUAUUGUUUUAAGUGACUUAUUGUCAUUUUCUCUCAUUUUUCGUGCGGUCAGAUGACGACAGAAGCGUAUCGUCUAACGCAUGGUCCAAAAACUGCUUUUAAAUGACAGGAUGAACAAAUAUUAUUUCGUCAAUUGUGAUACCCACCUCCAUAGAAAAUAUUGGAUUGUUUUCGUUCAUUCAGCUGUACGUAAACUUUCGAACCAAAUGCCUUGUGUCGCCUAUCUGUGCACUGCCAAAUUUUCUAGGAUCCCCUUUCUGAAACAGGUUUUUAAUCGGGUUCUUUAAACUUAAAGCCAAUUUUCUGUGUUAGUAAAGGGACGUGAACCACUUAGCAUCUUGUCUGAAGGCAGGCAUAAGGAGAUUUUAGAUCAUCAAUUGGUGGAGGAGUGAAUUCCGUUGAUACACACCGAUACACCUACACAAAAUAUGGAAAAUACCACAUUUAUUGAGCACGAUACUUCGCGUCAUAUAUUGCUUUGGGUGUUAACUAAUUGGGACUUGGCUUACGAACCGACACUGCUCAAAGUUAACAGUAUGCGUAAGAAAAUUUUUACUCUGUGGGUUUAUUUAGGGAUUUGUUGGGAACAUGUGUUUUUAAGGGUUCUGUCGUGUAAAGUGAGCAUUAUCCGCUUUUUCAGCUCGACUUCCGCUUGUGUAGAACAAAGGGCUCAACCUGUGAAAUUCAAAGUUGAACCAUUAAUAUACGAAACGCCCCGGAGAAGAAGGUUGGAAAACAUCCUUUACUUCAUAAUAUCACUAAGUUUUAUGCAUUCUUUUAAAGCUGUCUGCGCGUAUUCUCCUGCAUCUGCAUACUUCCUAUGUGCUUAUUCACCUAGACAGCCACUACAUCUUGUAUGCAUUAGGCUGGGAAGUCGAAUUACUCUUUAUCAUCCAUCGUGAUUCAUCGAGCAUUAAACAACAAGUAGGAUAAUAAAAUGAUCCUAUUCGAAAAAUUUGAAAACACGUUAGUACAACGUUUCGACUGUUGGUGUAAGCGGGUAAACAUUGCGUUGGCAAAUAUGUAAAUGAAUUGAAGGUAGGACUAACUUAUAUGGCCUCCUAAAUAGGAGUUGAGAACAGCCGUCGCUUGCAAUACGGGUGGCUUUGAGCCAACUUCCAGUGAAUUGAGGGUUUGGUUUAAGUUUAUGGUUAAAGUUAGGUUAAGUAAUAUGUUUAAGGCUAGAUCUAAGAUUGACCGUAAGUCGGGGUCAAGUUUACGCUAGGAUUAUUGUCAAGGUUAGGACAGGGGGCCAUUUUGCCCUUUCUACAAUUAUGUGUAGGUCCACCUCCAUAAGUCGGUCGGGCGUUCUUAUUCCCAAGUCCUGUUUAGGGGACCAUAUAACUCAGUCCUAUCGAAUUUAAUUUAAAAUGCCUAUCCGUUUUAUGGCAUCCAGUAGCAUAUGAAAGUUAAACGAAAGCAUCGAUAUUGAGGACCGUUCUUACUGAAAAGCAUUAUGCUUUGAAACAUGUCAACUGCAUUUAGUAACUUUGCUUAAAUUCCAUUUUGACUUAUUGCAGUUAGCGGCAGUUAUCGUUCAUAAGGGUUCCAAGGCAAUAUAUAAAUAUUCAUCUUUGUUUUGCCAACUGAAUAGAUCAAAACACACCACUGCUCAAUCAGACUCUAUUCAUUUCUUUCGAAUUUAUAUUUUCAAGCUCAGACGGACAAGGAUUUAAUACACUUUAAAAAAUAUUGUCCAAUAUACAGCUCUUAAUCCACCGUGCAAUGUUUUGAAGUUCCAAAAUAUUUCGAUAUACGAGAUUUUGAGUACAUACAAGGACUUUUUAGAAUUCGUCUCAGUAACUCGAAAUCGGUGGCUGACGACUCUCGAAUUUCUUUCGUAGGUAAAAUUCAUGGCAUCGUCUCAUAGUUAUGUGCUGACUUUGGACAUUGUUUUAGUUAUGUCAGUCCAGGAAACUGAAUAAACUUAGCCCAUUUUCUUUCUGUGUGUUUUAUUAAAUUUUGGACAUUUAAAAGCACAGUUGCCUGCAUAUCCUAUCCAUGUGUAGUUUAAUGCAUCUUUUUUCGCUCUCUGCUACAGUUUUGUGAGUAGUCCCCUCGGAUUCAACCGCGGUUUGACGCGCGAAAACUCUUACGUUUGCCACAUGCACUGCCGGAAAUCAAGGUAUAUAGAAGAUAAAUCCUAGAAUUUAUUUUAUAUCCACAAGAAUGUUUAAAUGCUGCAGCACUAAGUCUCUUAGCGCUUUGUCAAAAUAAAGUAAACUGUUAAUGUACAUUUUUAAUUCCUACUACCAUACGAACCAAUUAGGGUUUAAGUCAAUGUUAAUUAAAAAAACGACCCUUUAGGACCAUUUCAACAAAGUCAACGGCGUUAGCCAGUAUUCACUGAGAAGAAAUCAAGUUAAUUUCAUAAUCGAUUUCCACUAAAACUAUAGGCAGAUAUUAAGACAGCGUCAUCUAGGGUAUUUCGUUUACAAGAGCGCAUGUUCGACUUCCCUUAUUUGUUACUUAGGCCUGCAACGCGAAAGUGUACAAAGCACUCUUCAGAGCAUGCCUGGACGGCACGUUUCUAUGCACACUGCCACCAGGCAGUAUUUGCAGAAGUUGUUUCUGGUAAAAACCCUACACUGCAGUGAGGCAAGACUUUUAUUUAAUCCACUGAUGGCAUCUCCUUUGCACUUUGGUAAGGAACCGAGAUAAGCAUGUGUCGCAUAUCACGUGGCACAUCCUGUGCCUAAGGGAAUUACUAGCGGAAAGUAAUACCUCCAAAAACAAAACAACAUGUGGUAACCAUACCUGACUUACUAGACUUCGUUUGCCAUCUGUACGAAACCGAGGGUUCAAAUAACCUGAAAUUCGAACCCAAAUACUUUGUUCACUGGGUAUUUUUAAGUUCAGCGCUACAUCUGAUGUAUGGGUCUUAAUCAGGUUAUCCUUUUAAAUCUAGAUCCCCAUCGCCCAGAAGGAAGCAAGUUGAACCUUGUCAACAGGUUCCUGUACAGUGUGCCCGCCUGUAAGUUAUUGGUAUUUCUUAGACUGGUGCUACCUACUCUUAUGCAAAGUUAAUAUUUUAGAGCUUCAUGGAGAGUUUGUACCAUCUAAUUACUUCAAUUCCCUAGGAUUGCCGAGUGUGUGCCACUUCAACAGUACGUAUCAUCCAGAUGAUUUCAUAAAACUACUCUAGCGGUGCCUAUUUCGUAAUUAUCGUGAAAACAUCUCUUACAAAGUUUUUUCAUACAAAUAGGAAUGUGGAGGAUCCUGAAAACAGCGUUCUACUUCACCAUGUCUGCAAGCGAUGUCAGCACGAGCUAGAUCAUGGAGCAUAUGUAAAAGGGUAUGCGUUCUCCAUUAUACUGGCUUAGUCAGCCCUUCACUUAGACUUCCAAAACUCAUACAUCGGUGAUCAGAAAUGAACUCAAAGUAACAUUUUAAUAUUAUAUUCUAAGCUAAAAUUCCAUGCCAACACACCGAUGCUUUCAUAAGCAUUUUUUCCGAACUUAUCUGAAUUAUGUUCGUUUGUUUUUGGUUAAUGGCACACCUUAAAAUGUCUUUUUAAAAGGUUAGAAUUCAAACGGUCAUUAAAAAGGAAGUCUUUGGGAUAAAAGUUGUAGGCCUGACAAGUGCACUACAGUGCCAUCCCGUAUAAAUUUAUUCUUAGGUGCUUUUUAUUAUUGUUCAUUCCGUACCGAAUACCGGCGAACACAUUGAGGAAAAGCAAUCUUAUUUGGAUCUCCUAAAUGACGGACUAUUCAAAAAAGAAAAAGUGACCUGGAAACGUUUGCGUUUUGCCUCUCAUUUCGGCCUGAUCAUACAUGCUAUCAGCCAUGCACCUAUUUUAAUCAAGGGCAGAUUUAUAAAAAGGAAAUGCGGUUUUUCUUGCAGUCCAAGCAACGUAGGCGAAAACCUGACUCACGCAGAAGAUAAUACUCCUGUUUGACCUGAACCGCGGACAGAAAUUUGCUUUCCCAUUCCCUUUUUGAGCUUGUUUUAAACGACUCGUUUGGUCCUGCUGAUUCUUGUGAUAGAGGUUUGUGGUGAAGUUGGAUCGCAUUUUGGAAUGGGUGUAAAGUGGAUUGAGGUGCCUUCGAUUUCCAAGUGUUGUCAGUCCCCGAUCGAAGGAAUAUCAGGCUAACGGCUGUCCGGAUUAGUAUUUAUUGAAACACAUAAGGAAAUGGGAUCCAUUUUUAAGAGGAUUUUUUAUUUAACAUGCCCGGACUGCCAAUAAAAUAGAGAUUUGGCGCGUUGUCGUAAUUUCAAACGUUUUAAGGUACAUUAAUGUACUUUCGACUUCCUUAAUAUCGACCAAAUCCCCAAAUUAAAAUUUGCUUCAAGGCAACCCACCGCUGAAGUUUUUUUUAUAAAUACUUAAUUUCCAUUUGAGUCCUCCAAAACGGGCCACGUGAGAAUUGCGUUGAACCAACACGAAGACAAGAUCAGUGUACGACUCGUGUUAAUGGGCUGAAAACCCAAAUGCCAUACGAGGGUAUAGUGGCACAUCUAGCUGCAGGUCCACACCUCGUCAGCCAUCUGCGCCUGACCUCGCCUCCGAUCUUCAUAAUUCUGUCUUGACAAGCGGGUCCAUGGGGGUGAGGAGGAGGGAAUGUGGUAGAUGAAGCACAGGUCGUCUUCCUUGUGUCCACCUUGCUGUGAGGCACACUGUGGACAUCGUCGAGAAUGACAGUCGAACUGUCGUAAUCUCCUAAUUUGCACGCAUAUCACGAACGUGGUCUCUCAAGCUAUAUGUAACCGGUUUUUCAUGUUGUUGCUACCGUAACUUUUUUUAAGUGUGAAUGCGCUUCCGCCGAAUCUUUUACUGAGUUUGCAUCAUUUCAAAGAUAUUCAAAGCUGAUUUACCUAGUCAAACAAAGGCGGUCUCAUCAGCCCCGAUCAAUAACUUAUUCCGAGUACUAUCAGCCGCGGGAGAGAUAUCUCAACGUUAAGCGCGUAGGAAAAGGCCUCAUCAGAAGAAGCGUGAACAGCGAAUGGGAUAGAUUCCAGGAGCGUUGACAAAUGUAAGACAGUACAUCAAUAUUUAAACGUUACAGAGAGUCGUCAGUGGAAGAAGACUGUUCGACCCAUCCUGUCGGAAUGGGCUGAAAUGGCAAUUUGGGCAAGUCUAUGGAUGUUCUCCGUAUCUUUGCCCAUUUGUUUUAAAUGUAUCAACUGAAGGUCAACUAACGAUGACGUGAACGUUUGACGCAUACCUGAUUUACUGUUUUAAGGCAAACGGGGUCGCCAAACCAGAUAUAUUUGAUGACUGAUUAGUUCUAUUUGGAGCCUAUCUAUGAGUAUACAUGUCAGGCAUCAAAUGAAAGAGUCGGGAUUUUGAAAGGUCAAACGGCUUUGAAGAAACUGUCUGACAAUUGCAUAAACAAAUACCUGAGGAUGAAAUUCUAAUUCGGGAAAUGGAAACGAAGUUAAAUAUUGCAACGCAUGAAACCCUGGGUGGCCGUAAGUUCGGCAAUGAAGCAUCCAAUGUGGUCAGACGAGAUGAAGACCGCAGUGUAGGAUAGCUUUGGAAAGUGGGAUUCAUAUUUCUGUUUAUUCCACGGACAUGGUGACAGACUUGAAGUUUAGGUUGUUUUGUGCUGUCACCCAACAAAGCUCAAAGGCUACCUAAGGCCCAAGCAAACAUUGUUACACUGAAAAGCAUAAUUUAUUAUUACCGGCAUGCACCAACAAUCACUGCAGAACUAAAACACAAAGCAACUGUAGCUGCAGCUGACGGUCGCUUACGGAGACAAGGAUGGGUGAUAUCAGUAGCUGUGUUCGGAAAUAAUGCGUACCCAUUACUUACCGGCCGGGUUUAUCGGACAAAUAUCAGAUCCAAAGUGUAUACGUUAAAAGAGUUUUUCAUGGGACGCCGGAAUAGGAACCCCGUCCUCCUGAUAAGAGUGGCACUGCCCUAGAUCCUGGGGAGUCUAGAUUUAGGGUCAAGGUCAGAGCUAGGUAUCGUGAAAAGGCGCUCCUCCUGGAAUCUACCGUAUGACCACCUAUAUUACAGUGAGGAUCCUAUUUCAGUGUUUUAGCCAGUUUUCUUCCGAAAGUAACUUGAAAUCACUUUCCGAAACCACAAUACAGUUUUUUCUAGAUAGGAACUUCAGGGUUGGGUAUGACUGGCUAACGACGGCUAAUAAGCCAGAAAUGGCCAUUGCAGUCUCCCUUGUCUUUUUCGGUAGUACCAUUCGACUCUUUGUAUACUUAAGAGGAUCCGUUGCAUGUCAUCCAAGAAAACGUCAUGCUAAUACCAUACGAUUGCCCAGAUCGUUCAUACAACUCACUUUUCUUUCAACAGCGGACGCACUUUACGCCGCAGUCGCUCCAAAACGAGGCACACACAUUGUGUUGCGGACAGUGGCUGCGCCAAUGACAGUGAGGAGUACAUUGGAAGCGGUGAAAUCUAUGCCAAUAAGUAAGCUAUUGAAAUAAUCUUGGAACCCCUAUGUUCGCUCCCCUUUUCACAGAUGCUUUUUAACAGCGUCGACUGGUAGUUUACUUGAUCUUCUUGGUUUUGAGUAAACGGUACGUGGAGUAUGCGGUGACUCAUUAUAUAAAGAACAACAAAAUACUCGCUACCUUGAAUUUGAACUCAUCGUAAAUGAUUAGGCUUUUUCCGCAUCAGAAAUUCUGCUCAUCCUGCCUACGAUGCCAGCUCAGAUGAGGUGUACGCCAUUGUGGAGUUUUCCAAAUCAAAACUUGGAACGUCAAGGCAAGAAGGAUAAUCUUUACUGUAACUGAUUACGUGCAAGCAACCCAGAGGGCCGUGUCAACAAUUGUGUAGUCGGGCGGAUGGUCAGCGGGCGUGAUUAGUGCUUGAACGCGAGAUUUGAGCGUGCGCCCGAGACAUAUCCUCCAGCAGUCAACCCACGAACGGCAAGAAUACCGAUCAGCACCAAGGUUUUGUCGUGUGGGGAGUCGAAUCACGUGCCGCAGGGCAUCCACCUACAAAAGGGUUUUGGUCAGAUCACGUGAAAUGCGUCUGUGCCGGCAGGCUUGAAAAUAUGUAAGCAGGCUGCUGCAAACAGAUUAACUUAACCCAUUGUCUAAGCCAACGCGUAUUCAUAAAUGGCUCAAGUAGGAAAUGGUCAGUAGUUUUAAGUCUUGAUGUUUUCUGGCAAUCCGCAGUUUACCCGAAUACCGACUGAGAAAAUCCACAAAGUAAAGGCAAUUGGGUAAAAACAUGUGUGUAGAAACAGGAGAAUCCGCCAAGAACUAAAAAAUUGCCUCAAAUGAAAUAAUACGCUGGGAGAUGGCGAUAGCAACAAGAUAACACUGUUUAUUGAUGUAGAAAGGUUGAGUUCUUUUACACAUAUAGCUGUCGAAGCGGAACUUAAUAAUAGCAUAAAAGGCGUCUCCAUGAUCAAAUAAAAAAGUAUAAAAGGGGAGCAUAUUUCUGUUAACCGUCCGACAUUAACAAUAUGCUGGAGAAACAAAUGUCAGUUUCCUGAAAAUUUAUUUUUUCAAAGGCAGAACCGCAGGUGGUACUGUGCCUCAUCCAGUCGAUCACAUAUAAGAUAUCCAGCUUCAUCCACAUACCUUCAUCACAUCUAUUACAUCGGAUUUUCCAGCCAUCGCAGUCACAUGGUCCAUGACUUCUCACUAAACCAAACUUCAGUUCAUACCUUAAUUCAGCAUCCGCGUAGAAUUUACUAACCAGGUCAGAUACAUUGACCGCCCUCUCAUCCAGUAAGCCACAUGAAAUGCACAUCAUUACUCAAAAGCUCUCCUAACCGGAAAUACUAUUUCAACCUUCCUGUGGGUGAAGCUAUGCUGACGUGUAAAAAAAUUCGUUUUUGACAUGCUGUCAAGAUGGUUAAGGAAGCUGUUGUUAAUGCUUCCCGACACCUGAAUUCCGAGUAAUUAUGACCUUGUAUUAAAAUGUUAUUUCCUUAUUCAAAGAGCCUUCAUGAAGUGCUACCAAGGAAACGGACGUGCUCAUUCCAUUGGAAGAGGUCGCGACGUAAGUCGAAGCUAAGUCUGUAUCUUGUGAUCUGUUAAAAUUUAGUGAUAAUUUCCUUUUCAGUCGGUAGACACUGUUUGCGAGAAAUGACAAAUAUACGAGGAUUUACUUCACCUCUGUGAAUGUUUGGGUAAAAACGUUAAAGACUUGUUUCCCGAAAACAAAGCGUCUGCAGAAUAAUAAUGAUAAUCGCCUAAGUUCCUGUUUAAUUACAUUUGAAACGAUUGCCUCACUAAUAAAUUCUAGUAAGGAGGGAGAACUAUAUUAACUCCUUUUAGAGAUGGAAUAAUUAAAAAAUUCAAAAGUGCUCCUAUUGGGGUUUGAUUGUGUUUUGAACGUUUUGCAUUUUUCUCACAAUCAGAAUUCGAGGCCCAUCUAUGCUGUCCGAAGCUUCCUGGAUAUCAGGGGCUGUAAGUUUCGAUUGAUUGUGUUUGCACCAUGCAGACAAUUCAUAUUGUUUUCUUUAUCUACAGAGCAAUCCAAGUGUGCAGGAGUCUGCCUUAGUAAUGUAGUGUAUAGAUUUGUCAUUUUCCGUGUAAUAAUGGCGGAUAAAAUCCAACAUUUUGGGAACCAAACGAAUAUUAUGAAAAACACGCAUCUCGGGAGAAUCUUUGAAGUCAACAGUAGGACAAAAUGAGGAAUGGUCAAGAGAAUUAAAUAGAACCGAAUAAAAGUAUUUGCAACUUUAAGCAGCCGCAGCAGGGAAUAAAGAUUCCCUCCCGGAACUUGCCACUUACUAUGUACUUGGAGAAAAAAUGUACAUCGCAGGUCAGUCUUUUUAACAUUUACAACUGUAAGGGCUAUUUAAUUUGUCUGUAACACUGAUGGCAUUCGGUCGGAAGCCUCUGUCUCAGAUAAAGCGCUGAGCUGCCCUGACUCUUUUUAUUCUCUAAAAAUUGCCUUUUUAUAUUUCAUAGAAAAUGCUACACGCGCGAUAAAUUGUGA